GUCAACUCCGGACUCCGGUAACUCCGGUAACUCAGUCGUGCUUCAGACCUCGAGUAGGUCGAGUCGGAUUCGACUUUAAACCUGUUCGAUCUAAAAGUGUUUUAAUAAAUUCGGUGCUGAAGAAGCUCGAGAUGGUGCCACGCGUGGUCCACAGGUGACCCUGAGAAAAAAAGAAUCAUUAACAUCCCACAUUUUCAUCUAUAAAUUCUAGAAGAGGACUAAUGGAAAGUAGACCGGAAAUACGUUUGUUGCAGAAUAGGAUCGUAUGCGUACCGGGUGGAAGAGAUAAAGACGGAAGGCCGAUAAUUUUGAUAACAAUACCUUCCGAAUCUCCACCUCUCGAGAUUACCACCUGUCUUCAGUACGUGCUUACUUUCUACAGCGACGAAACCAAAUUUCAAGGGCUCACGAUUAUUUUGGACGCAAGAAAAGGACCAUGGAAAAUAGCAAGAUCUUGUAUCCGACAAAUUUCGACAACGGUAAACAACGACGUUCUCGCUCAUUUUAUAGUGAUCAGACCUGAGAACUUUCUAGACAAGCAAAGAGUAGAAAAUUGCACCAAUACUCCUAAAGAUGGACAGGUGUUGUUCAUGCCACGUUCACGCCUAAAUAAACUUGUGGACCAAUGUCAACUGCCGAUCGAUUUGAAUGGUUCAUUCAUCUACAACCAUGAGUUAUGGUUGGAAAAUAGAACGAGUGUUGACGAAUACCUAACCGACUCAUCAUCAGUACUCAAAAAUUUAAGCGACCUACAUCAACAUCUCCUAAAAGGACAAUUAAUGAGACCAAGCGAAGUUGAAUCAACACUCAACAAUUCAACCGAUCUCAUUGACACAAUGAAAAUAAUGAGUUACGAUACAUUAGAAAGAGGAAGACUUCUAUUAGAAAAAAUCGAAUUAGACAAUCGUAAUCGAAAAUUUAUAUCCGAAUCUGAAUCGAUGUUAACACCUCAAGAUAUUCUCGACACAAUUGAACAAUUAGAAAUUUUAAAUCUCGAAUUGAGAAAUAAACAAUCGGACAUUGAGACGGCUUGGAAAGCGAUGGAAAAAAAUUUUAUAAAUACCAAAGAUUUGAGUGUUUUGGAAGAUGGAAUUGUACGAGUGGUGAAUUGGAUUUUGGGCCCAGCUGAAAAUUUACUCAACUCAAAACAAAAAGUGGGUUACGACGUGGCCUCCGCCGAAGAACUUAGGAGAGAGCACGAGGCCAUCGAACUACAGUGUUGGGACACUUAUGGUGCUUAUGCGGAGCUUCUACAUAAAGUUGAGAGUUUUGCAAAAGACGAAACGUUAACGUUACAACAAAAGGAUUUAAUUUCACAAAAAGAUUUUAUGGAUUUCGUGUGUAGAAGUUUUGCUACUCGAUUAGAACGAAGGAGAAAUGUUUUAAUUACAUCUUUAAGAUUUUUUCGUCUAGUCUCUGAAUAUUUCGAUCAAACUGGUGAAGUAUUCGAUUCUUUAGUGAUGGGUAACAAAAUUGGUGACUUUUCGGCUGCUGGAUUUCAGUUAAAACAAUUACAAGAAAAUCAGGCUUUAUUAGAUAAUGUUGAAAGAGAGUUAAUUAAAGAAGGUGAAAAAUUAUCCGAUAUGUUAUCAAUGCCGGUUAAAGAUGCGUUGGGUAGAGAAUUAACUGUUGAUUAUAGCGAAGAUAUUAUUAAUGUAAGAGACAUUUUAGACGCUACAAUAGCAAGAAAAAAUAUUUUUAGUGAUAGCGUUGAUUUACAAAAAUUAACUUUAGAACAAGUUACUCAUAUCUAUGAAUAUGAAAAAGAUGCAGCUCAAGCCAUACAAUGGCUUGAUGAUUUAUUUUAUGUUCUUUUAAAAGAUCACGGCCACGUUGGGAUAACAGUUUAUGAAAUUCAAUCUCAAAAAGACGAGCAUCAAAGUUUUCAAGACACCGCUAAGGAUACUUAUAAUUACGGUGUACAACUUCUCAACGCAUCAUUUUCAUUGCGACAAUCUUGCAAACUUCCAAUGGAUGAUCACAAUGACUUACAACAAAGAUUAAAGUUUUCAUGGCAAAGAUUACUUAAAGUGAGUCAAGAACAAAUGACCAGAUUAAGAGUUUCCGCUGUUUUUCAUAGAUCAAUUGAUGAGCAUUGCAAUCAAUUACGAGAUUUAAGAGAAGCUGUCGCUACUAUUCCUCUUAUGGAGAUUUCUAUACGAAGAAGUAAAGUUAGACAAUAUUUUGGUGUCAGAGAAAAACUUAUGGUGGAAGUUGGGAGGAUGGUGCGUUUGGGACGAUUACUAAGAAGUCGAUUAAGAGAGUUGUUAUAUUUUCAUGAUGGAAUGUCUGACACUGGCGUAAAAGACACUGAUAAAGAUUCCGAAUCGACGGAUCAAGAGGAAACUGGAAGCAAUGCAACCGCAAUCGAUGCCAUUUCCGAAAAAUUAACCGAAGUUACUAAUUUAUCAGAAGAACUCGAUCAAACCUUAAAAAACGCUCAACAAGAUUGUGCCAUAUUAACAACUGCAGCAACCUCAACAACAAUUACUAACACCAUCCCAAUCAAUAUUAUCACAAGUACUAAAUACACUUCUGAAAAACCUCCCAUGAUUUCUGAGGAUCUUGGAACUAAACAUCUCAAACCCGAAGAAUUAAAAUCCGACGAAGAGUUUCAAACCGCAUCAGAAUGCACCCUCCAACAUUCGCGUUCAUCCUCUUACAACACCGCAUCCGAAUGUAACGAACAUCAAUACGCACCGUGGUGGGAAUACGGUAAAGAUGACGUCCAUGAAGACAUUUCUAAAGAAAAAAUGGUUCUCGCAGUUGGUUUGCCGGAUUUACCACAAGCAAAAACGGUUUUAAAACCAUCCCCUGAAGUCCCACCGGGAAAAAUUGUUCGCGAAGUCACCGAAACGACUCAUUAUAAAGUUCAACAACUUCACUCCAUGGGGGUGCAAUCUUUUGUGUUAACAUCGGAAACGGUGAGAGAUAAGAAAAAUGAGAUUACUAAAAAAGACGAUGUUGGGGGAGAUGAAGCUGGACAGAUUGCUGAAAAUGGGAAGGUUGAUGAAGAUUUAGAGAGAAGAUUGAGGGAGUGCGGAGAUUGGAUGCAAUUAAAAAUUUUAGAAAUAACACCCGAAUUAACGAGUUUGGGGAAUACUCUUGAAGAAGCUUUAGAGUUACAAAGAGCGCACAAUGAAGUACUUAAACAGUUGCAGAAUAAACAAAGUCCAGUUGAAGAGCUCCUUCGCCAAGCUGAUCAACUUAUUUCUACCCAAAAACCGCGCGCAGAAGUUUAUGCCGCAAUGGCCGAAUCUUUAGGUAGGGCGUGGAAAGAUAUCAACUUCCAUUUAGAACUGAGGAAGCAAAUCCUUGAUCUCAACGUGCAAUACCACCAAAGGGCAAAAGAUUUCUUCGAUAACGUUAAAGAAUUAGACGCGUUAUGUACAGAAGAAAACCUCCCCAUCGAUAUUGAAACCGUCAAAAACUUCCUAACAAAAAUCCACGACCAAAGAAGAACCAUUCUUGAGGCAUUAAUGGCGGCCAUGCAUACCGGAAAUACCCUAAUAGCGAAAUUAAAAGAAUUAGGGGCCCAGGGCACACUCGAUUCGAGACCCGAUCGAAUACGAAUUCCCGUUGCUACAGCAAUAUCUCAAGUACAAAGUUGGAUGGAUGAAUUACACUCAAAGCGACAACUCAUAGAAUUAACGUUUAUAAAAAGAAAAGAGCAACUUGAACAAUGUUUAGCUUUAGGCGUUUUAGCCGCCGAUAUGAAAGAUCUCGAAGAGAAAAUACGAGAUAGAAGAGAAAUUUUAAUAAACACCGAUCAAUUGGGUGAUUCAGCGUCGAGUGCUGAAUUGUUAAAACUGGAACACCAAAGACUUCUUCCCGAAGCACAACAGUUCCAAGAAAAAGCUUUAAAAAUAACAAAGGCGACCGAGAAAUUGGUUUUAACAGGAUGUUUUGCGGGAGAAGAUGCAACAAAACAGGCUUAUGUUGUAUUGUCGACAACUUCAGAUUAUCUUUCUGAUCUUCAACAACGCGAUUCACUUCUCGAUAGAGUUAUAGCGUUCUUUAGAUCAGCUCAAGCGGCGCUUAACAAGCUGGAUCAAAUCGAAAUCCAAUUAACCACCACCGAAUUGAAAAAGACCUCUCCGGAAUUAGCCAAAUUACAUGCUCAAUGCUCCAUUUUAAUCGAUCAAAUCACAUCUCCACCACUUUCCGAAGGUCAUUCAAUCCUACAAUUAUUUGGAAGAAGAACUGGUACUGAAGGUGUUAAUAGAAUGGUUGAGGAAUUAGAAAAUAAAAAGAUUCAUUUGGAUGGAAUUUGUAUUGAGCAUAGAGAAGAAAAUCGUAGGAUAAACGAAGCUUUAAAUAAUUUCUUUGACCAACAAUCUGCGAUUUAUAAAUGGUUAAUUGAGAUUGCCGAAGCUUUUUUGCAGGGUCACCAAAAUAUGGGUGUGGAUCUACGUCUUUCCAAGGAGUUCUUGUACUUACAUAAUCAAUUGCUCAACGACUUACAAACAAAAGGCAACGAAAUAAAUACACUUUUAUUAACACUCCCUCCAUUACUCGAGUUCUUAGACGACAAUCAACGGCAAGAGGUUGAUCAAAAAGUUGAAGCACUCCAUAACAGAUGGAUUAAGUUAAAGAAUAUAUUGGAAAAACGAUUAGAUUUGUCUACAAUUUAUGUUAAAUUUCAUGAGGAAGCUGAUAUUGUUACGCGGGAAAUGGAUAAAUUGGAAGAUGUAGUACAAAAAUCGGGCAAAAAUAUUUCUGAUGAACAAUUUCGAGUUCUUGAGGAACGUUGGGAAUCUUUAGUUCCAUUAUAUCAAUCGGCGAAAAAUACUGGAUUAACGUUUAUUUCUGAAGCUUCGAAGGUAUCCGAGCCAUACUUAGAUGUGAAACAGGCUUGCGGUAGCGUAGAGUCAGUGUUGGAAAAGCUAAAGAACAGGCAACUGGUGGUGACCAGGAGCUGGCAAACCUUCCAGACCGAGGUCGUGGAAAGAAAAGAGCUUAUUACAAAGUGGGAGGAACACAUAAUGGAAAGUACCAAGACAAUCAAUUGGGUAUCAAAGUUGGAUUCUCAAUUGUACCCGGUUAUUACGACAAACGCUACCAAUCCUAGAGAUAUAUCGAACCACGUAGAAAAGAAAUUAGAAACGGUUUUACCUGAAAUAAAGAGGGCACAAUGCGAAGUAGAACAACGAAUAAGAACAACAGAAGCUUUGAUGGCCCGCGGGCCAACUAUCGACGAAAGAUCGCUUAACGUUAAAAAUAAACUCACCGAAAUGAGCAUGAAACUAAUUGAAAUUACAACCCAUUAUCAAAGUUUACUCGAAAAAAUGGUUAAGUAUUUUAAUAACAUCUCAGAAGUGGAUAGAAUUGUGGGUAAUUUAAGCAGUAGACAUACUAAAAUUGGAUUACCGGCGAACAUAAACGAAUUGGAAUCAACAAUUAGAGAGCACGAAGAUACAAAACAUACCAUUAUAGAAAUGUUUAAAUUAGCUCAAACUGAUUGUGAUCAGUUAAUAAAAACCAUCACAACCCAGGAACCAAGAAGUGCAGCAGACCAAGACAUAUCUAAGCUACAACAUACAGUACGUUUAAGGCAAGACAAUUGGGAGAGAGAAUGGAGUUCUAGAAGAGAUGAAUUGGAAGCUCAUCGACAAAUUUGCCAAUUCGACACCGAUUUACAACAAAUCAAUAACACCAUCGAUGAUAUUAGCAGAAAAUUAGAGAUUGUUAAAGGACAAUAUGGAGAAUCACUUAAUUCUGCUAAUAAUAUUUUACUUAAUUUUGAUUAUUUCGAACGAACUAUCAAUGAGUUGGAACCACUGAUUGAUAAUUUUGUUAAACGAGGUGAACAAAUGUUACGUGAUCAACACAUUCAUUCACCCCGUAUAAAACAUCACAUCCAAGAUCUCCAAGAAAGAUGGAAUUCAUUAAAACAUCAAAUAAUCGAUACAAGAAAUUUGAUCGAACUCAGUAUUAAAUAUUUCAAAUUGGUAGAUGAGGCUGACGAAUGGUUCAAAGAAGGAAGCCGUCUAUUAAUAUCAAUCACUCGAAGAGCCACAACCGUGAAGAAACCAGAAGAAGCUCAAGGACUUUUAAACGAAAUAGAAAAGUUUUUAAAACCUGGCGAAUCAAAACAAAACGAAAGAAUAAGAAACAUCACUAAGUUAGCUUCCGAAUUGUUCGGUCAAGAUAAAGUAGCCCAAGUUGGUGAUGUUAUGGUUCAAAAUACGGGGAUGAUGGAUUCUUUCUCAUUAAUAACAGAAGAACUUAAUGCUUUGGCUAAAAAUUUGAAAUCAGUUGAAGAAGAACGUGAGCGUGCUCGUAAAGAACAAGAAGAAGCAAACGCUAAACUCGAAGCUGCGAAAGCUGAAGCAGCCGCUGCGCAUGCUGCUGCUACAGCAGCCGAAGAAGCCAGAAAAGCUGCCGAAGAAGCCGCUAGACUUUUAAGAGAAUCUACCAUCACUCAUAAACACACCAUUGAAGUCCGCGAAAUACCAAUCAUAAAAGAAGUAAGCUCCGUUGAGAUUGUUGCGGUUAAAGAAGAACCAAAAAUGAUCCCUCCUAAAUUCGUCUCACCGCUAAGUGAUGUUGUUAUAGAAGAAGGUUCAAAGUUUUCAUUUAUUUGCCAUGUUACUGGAACACCAACACCUGUUGUAACAUGGUACAAAGGUGGAAUGUCGAUUCAAAAUUUGCCCGAUUAUGAAACAACGUUCGAUCAAGGAUUAUGCACGUUAACUAUCGAAGAAACUUUUGCUGACGACUCAGCCAAAUACACGUGUAAAGCUAUAAACGCCGUUGGAUCCGCUGAAACAAGUGCUUCGUUACUAGUGAAAGAAACCCAACCCGAAGAACAAUUAUCUCCACCAACAUUUGUCAAAUAUUUACAACCGGCUAUCAUGAAAGAAGGAGAACCAUUUCAAUUCGAAUGUAAAGUCGAAGGAAACCCACUUCCGACCGUGCAGUGGUACAAAAAUGCUGAUUGCAUCGAUAAUUCUCCUGAUUAUAUCAUUACUUAUAAUAAUGGUGAAGCAAUACUGAAAUUUGAUCAUGUUUAUUUGAGUGAUAAAGCCGAUUACAUUUGUAAAGCUGUUAAUGAUUUAGGAGUAGCUCAGUGCAGUGCAACGUUAAAUGUUAUACCACUAGAGCCAACAGAAUCUCCCACUUUUAUAUCUCCCCUCUCCAACGUAAUGGCCAGAGCGGGACAGAAGAUAAAAUUGGAAUGCGAGGUGACGGGAAUACCUCCUCCAACGCUUACUUGGACACACAACGGAAAAAUUGUGAGGGAAACAAGAGAACUUAAACUGCUGCAGGACAGUAAUAAGGCGACACUCCUAGUGAACGAAGCCUUUCCUAAAGAUGCUGGCACGUACGUUGUAACUGCAUUUAAUAUCGCCGGCGAAACGACCAGUUCUUGCACUGUUUCUGUGAAAGGACGAUUACCCACCGAAACUUCCGAUUCUGAAUUAGCAAGUGACAUGGAACCCGUGAAACCAUUAAUUCAAGUCCCAUUAAGAAACAUAACUACAGAUGAAGGAAAAACUGUUCAUCUUGAUUGUGUGAUAAUCGGGCAACCCGAACCAGAGGUUAUCUGGUAUCACGAUGAUAGGCCAGUAAAAGAAUCGUCAGAUUUUCAACUCCUUUUUAAGGGAGAUCGAUGCACUUUGGUUAUUCAAUUAGCUCUCCCUGAAGAUGGAGGCGAAUAUAAAGUGGUUGCGAGAAAUUCAGCUGGAGAAGCAUCCAGCAAAUGCACUCUCAUGGUAAACCCAGCCGAAGAUAAAAAACCAGGUGUGCCACCUAAAUUCAGUAAAUUAUUAACUGAUGUUUUGAUAUCGGAAGGAGAAAAAGUUGUGCUAGAAGCAGUUGUAUCUGGGGAACCAAAACCCGAUAUAAAAUGGAUACUAAAUAAUCAACCAAUACAAGCCAGUGAUCACGUAAAAAUUACAGAUGAUGAACAAGGAAAUUUAAAACUAGAAAUAGAAAAAGUUACCCCAGAAGAUCGCGGUGUUUACACCGUAAAAGCUUCAAAUCCAAGUGGUGAUGCAAAAUGUUUCGCACAACUAAUAGUGAAGUCUUCUAAACCAGUUGAAGUCAAGGUACACGAAGAAAUAAAAAUUGCUCCAAUAUUCAAAGAAACCUUCCACGAUCGAUCAAUCUUUGAAAAAUCUACAACGAAAUUCGAAUGCAUUGCAGCAGGAAAGCCAACUCCAAAAUUCAAGUGGUUAUUCAACGACAAACCAGUUUCAGGCGAAAAUUUCCUUAUCUCAACUUCCGGCGAUAGACAAGUCCUUACAAUUCGCGACGCAGAAAAAGAAAACGGUGGAAAAAUAACUUGCAUUGCUGAAAAUGAAGCAGGAAAAGCAACCUUAAGUGCUCAAUUAACCGUCGAAAAAAUAACCGAUGUAACUUUACCCGAUGGACAAUUAGAAUUACCACCUCCGAUGUCCACUUUGCAACAUCAACAACAAAUUACCGAAUCCAAUUACAAUUUAAAACGAGAAGUGUUUAUGCAAUCCUCCUCAUCACACUCCAGUAAAACUAUAUCAUCGUCUUCAACAUCUACACCGAAAGUAGAAGAACAUAAAAUUGUUUCUCAAAAAGAGCACGUUUUUAAACAGGAAGAUCAAAAACCACCUGAAAUUUAUGAAACCCACAAAGUGGAAGAAUAUAGACAAUUUGGAAAGGAGCCAAUAAUACAAGAAAAACAAACUAAAUUCGUGUCAACUAGCGGACAGGAAACGAAAACAAUCAUUCAUAAACCUGUAAUAAAAGCGAGACCGCCUCGAUUUAUUACACCGGUAGAUGGAAAAAUUGUUGAUCAAGGUGCCGAUAUAGUUUUUGAAGGAACUUUGGAUGGUCAACCAACUCCUGAAGUUACCUGGACUAAAAAUGGAAUGCCAUUGAGUGGAGGUGAGGGAAUAAAAAUUACUUUCGAGAGUAACCAUGCUCGAUUGGAAAUCAAAAAUGUUAAUUCAAAUGAUGCUGGUCAAUAUUCGUGCACAGCUGUUAAUGAGGCUGGAAAAGCUGUGUGUACAUCUGAUUUGGUUGUACGAAAAACAGUUUUUCCACCUGUUUUUGGACAUCGUCUUCAAGCACAAGUUAUUAAAAAAGGUGAUCGUAUCACUAUGAACAUUGAAGUAACUGGAACACCAGAACCUACAGUCUCUUGGUAUAAAGAUGGGUUGCCAAUUCAAGAUUCUAUGAAAGAUGGAUAUAAAAUAAAAAGCAUGGGAAACUGUCAUACACUUACCAUUGAAAAGGCUGAAUUGAACCAUACUGGUAAGUAUAUGGUACGAGCUGUCAACGCAGGAGGAGAAGCACAAAGUAUAGCUGAUAUGGCAGUUUACGAACCGACACCAGAUACUAUGGUUGAAGUAGUGAAAACGGUUGUUUUCGAAGAUGUUAGGAAACAUGAAACAUUGGAAUUGGUGCCGACUCCAAUAAUAACAACAGUGUCAACUUCAGAAGAGAUUAUUCAACACGGAACAAAGGAGCAAGUAUUAGAACCUUUCCCGUAUAAACCUGAUGCUGCAAGACAAAAAAGAGCACGAGCCCCACCACCUCCAAGUCCAUCAAAGUUCAUUAAAGGAGAUUUCCGUGAGAGUGAUUAUGAAAGUGAAUAUGAAGGCAGAAUCGCUCCGAUUUGGAGACCAAGUUCGACGGAACCAGAUCCAGCUUAUCGCCCUGUUAAGCCAGCUUUAACUCCAACUGGUAGAGUGAGUCAAGGAAGAGAAAGAACUCCAACCCCACCAUCUCAAUUUGAUGUACCACCUCAAUCAGGUGUGAUGAGACCUAAAUUUGAACCGAUUGAGAAACCGAUGAAAACUGUGAAAUUGGAGGAGAUAGUAAAACCAAUUCCUAAACCAGCAGCAUUUAAACCACAGCCUAAACACGAUAUUGUUGAUGUUAUUAUAGCUACUCCUGCAGCCCCUGAAAGAAUUCUUCAACCAGGAACACCACCAGAAAUUGCGUACGCUCCGGGGCCGCAAAAAACUCAAUAUUAUAGAUCAACAACAAGUAUGCCAUAUCAAAAUGCAGUGCAAACAGAAACUUCUAAUGUAAUGCAUUUUAAUGAAUCAACUGAGCACACUCAUAGGACUAUGAGCGUACAACAAACCACCAGGGUUAUUAAGUUUGGUGACCAACAAAAAUAUAAAGGAGCCCCAUCCCCAUCUCCAAAACCAACGAAAUUCGUUCCUGGUGAAUUUAGAGAAAGUGAUUAUGAAAGCGAGGUUGAAUCUACAAAAAUAAGAGCAAGAUGGACACCUGCAGGAAGUGACACUGAAGAUUUACACUACAGAAAAGUAAAACCUCCAGUAACAAGAGCUUUAAGCGCACCAUCUUCACACGAAAGAGUUUAUAGUCCAAUGGAAUACGAUGAUGUUACAAAAACUUCAUCAACGGAAUCAAAAAGCAUCACGGAAAUCAGCAAGAAGUUUGGAGAAACGAAAUCUCAAAGACAAUUUAACUCCAUCCAACCAGGUACUCCACCUGAAUAUGGCUAUAUUCCGGAUAAAAUUUCAAAAACAUCCGCAACCAAAAUGGCAUCACAACAUAUGGACAGUAUGACGCAAAGUUUUAAAUCAAAAACGCAAAAAUUUGUUAGCGAUAUUGUCAGCGAUAUGCAACAAAAACCAGUUCAAAAGCCGAUUUUAAAACCGCACGACGAUACGGACGCCCAGGUUUAUAGGGAAGAAUCCCGAGCAGCUCAAUACGGCACAAAACACUAUGAUCCCGACACUGGUUUAAUUUAUUUUAAAUACGACUUUGGCUACGAGUUCGGUAUUAUUUUACCUGGCGAAGGUAAAAACGGCCAAAUACCCGUCCCGAAAAAAACUGUAAUCGAACCGCCGAAAAGAUCCCACGAUAUUGAGAUGCCCGUCAUACACGAAACGUCUCAGAAGGACGCUAAGCCCACAUUUAAACCAAAGAAAUUUAUGCCGAGUUCGAAAAACGUCAAAUGGGAACCAACUUCGGAAAGUGAAAUGUCCGAAUAUGAAGGGGAAAUGAAAAAGAAGCAGUUGGGUGUUGGUGGUAAUAGAUGGGAUCAAUCCUCCUGCAGUCCCAUUUCAAUUUCUCCAAGUUUACCAAGUACAUCUCCGGCAUUUAAUAAUUACGGUCAAGCUCAAUUUAAAGGAACCGAAACUCCACCAAGUUGUCCUAGUACACCUGGAAGUACACCAAGUCAACAAAUGAAUAAAAGAGCUCCCAUGUUUAUAACUCCAUUGAGGGAUAUUGCUGUUGUAAGUGGUCAAACAGCUCGAUUUGAAUGUAUCGUUCAAUCUGAACCACCGCCAAGUAUUUUAUGGUCUAAAAAUGGACGAAUUAUAGAAAGUUCAAGCGAUCAUCAACUAUUUUAUAGGAACGGUGUUUGUCGCUUAACAGUCCCACAAGCUUUCCCAGAGGAUGCUGGGACUUAUACAUGUACAGCAACAAAUCAAGUUGGUGCUGUAACAACAACAGCUACUUUGCAAGUGCCAGGAGUUCCCUCCCAUAUGUACGGAACAUAUCGACAAAUGAGUACAGCUGAUAGAACGAUGUCUCCGGAGUUUGCUAGAUAUGAACGGCCAACUUCACCAUCUCCUGCGUUCAUGCACCAUGUGGUGCAAGGCGGCCAGUACCAAGUUACUGGAGCUCAGCAGAUUACUGGAUUUGGCCCAAAUGCGGCCCCUCCAGUUUUCGAAAAAGUCUUUAGCAACGCUCGCUUUGCCCAGGGCGGAAACGCCCUAUUCGAAGGGCGGGUGACCGGAAAACCGAUGCCCCAAGUGAGCUGGACCCGCAAAGGAACCACGCUUAUCGAAUCAACGAAAUAUAGAUUUUCGUAUAACAAUCAAAAUGGGGAUAUAACCCUCCAAAUCAAUCAAAUCGGACCUGGUGAUGAGGGAGAAUACGUUUGCACCGCUCGUAACCAAUAUGGAGAGGCCAUCUGCUCCGUGUAUAUCUCGCCGGAAGGAAUGCAAAUGCCUCCGACGAGGGAUUACCAAAAGAAAACAGUCCAACAAACCACAACCUACACUAACGGUUCUUUCGUUGAAGAAUUUAAAGUAGAUACUUUCGAAUAUCGACUGCUGCGUGAGGUUUCUUUUCGGGAGAGUAUCACAAGGAGAUUUGUCGGUGAAAAGGAUAUUCAAAUGUCAACAACCGUCGAAAGAUCCUUAGGACCACCCGCUCCACCUCAAAUAUCGCAAAAACCUCGCAAUUCAAAAUUGUUAGAAGGAUCAGAUGCUGUGUUCACCGCUAAAGUUGGAGCAAAUCCACGACCGAGAUUGACUUGGUUUAAAAAUGGACAAAGAAUAACCGAAACAACCACCAAAUUCGAGACCACUUACACUAACAAUCAAGCAACCCUACGCGUUAAACAAGCUCAGCAUGAGGACUCUGGCCACUACACCCUUCUCGCCGAAAACCCGCAAGGAUGUGUUGUUUCUUCUGCUUAUCUUGCCAUUGAGCCCGUGCAUACCCAAGAGGGCUUGAUCCACGAAUCCACCUUUAAAUCGACUCAACAAAUUGAAGAAGAUGAAGAAGGAAAAACUCUGGCACCGAAUUUCGUGAGAGUAUGUGGUGACAGAGAUGUUACCGAAGGAAAAAUGACCAGAUUCGAUUGUCGUGUUACUGGAAGGCCUUACCCGGAAGUAACAUGGCUUAUAAACGGAAAACAAGUAACCAAUGAUUCUAAUCACAAGAUUCUUGUUAACGAAUCUGGCAGUCACUCUUUAAUGAUCACUAAAGUAACCAGAAAUCAUUCUGGUGUCGUAACCUGCGUAGCUAGAAAUAAAACCGGAGAAACAUCCUUCCAAUGCAACGUGAACGUAAUCGAACAAGAACAAGUUGUAGCUCCGAAAUUUGUAGAGAGAUUUACCACCAUGACGGUGAAGGAAGGUGAACCGGUUGUCCUCACAGCCAGAGCAGUUGGAACACCAACUCCAAGGAUCACAUGGCAGAAGGACGGUGUCCUCAUCCAGAGUAGCCCCGAUGUUCGCAUUAUGACUGAAAGUGGAGCAUCCACCCUAGAUAUUUUAAAAGCCAAGGCGUCGGACGCGGCAUGGUACCAAUGCUCAGCGCAAAACGUAGCUGGCUCCACUGCUACAAGAGCAAGGUUGUUCGUUGAACAACCACAGGGUCCACCACCCGAACCCAGAAGACUUCACCUGCCGCGACCGACCAAAGUUAUCGAACCUGAACCCGUUCCUGGCCCUGAAGUUAUUUAUUUACGACAUAUCGAACCAACAAGACCUUACGAACCCCGCGCAGAAGAGGAUCGUGUGUAUCCUCCGCCACAAUUCAUCAUUCCAUUGCAUGACCUCCAACAAAUAGAGGGUGGUAAGGUCCACUUUGAGGCCAGGAUCGAACCUGUUGGAGAUCCCACUAUGGUUGUAGAAUGGUUCCUUAACGGUGUACCACUACCAGCAAGCUCCCGCGCUACAUCAGUUUUUAGAUUUGGCUUCAUAGCCCUUGACCUCAUCAGUUUAAUAAUGCAAGACAGCGGCGAAUAUGUCUGUCGUGUAACAAGUUCGACUGGAUCGGUGAUGUCCAGAGCAAUGCUAAGCAUCACCCCCAGAGCAACUAUUGAGAAAACAUCUCAACACCCGGAAAGUCUCCAGUACAUCCAACACCUUGAAGAUUACACGAAAUAUGAAAGACAUGAAAGUAUGGAAGAGAAAUCUUCGCAAAAGCCGCACUUCAUCCGUCCACUCCAAGACCUUGGGGAACUACAGGAAGGUCGAAAUGCUCACUUUGAGGCACAACUAACUCCUGUUAGCGAUCCUACGAUGAAGGUGGAGUGGUACAAGGAUGGACGUCCGAUCACAGCCAGCUCGCGUAUUACGACCAUUUUCAACUUCGGUUACGUCUCUCUAAAUAUCAUGCACCUACGUGCCGAAGAUGCCGGGUCGUACACAGUCAGGGCUGUAAACCAUCUUGGUGAAGCUAUUAGCACAGCAACGAUUAAAGUUUUUGCCAGAUCAACCGUCACUGGAGACCUAGGAAUACCAGAACAACAGAGGUACAUCGAAAAAGUUGAGGAACUUGAAGCGUAUCAACAAUCCCAAAUGCAUAAGUACAUUCAAGAAGCACCAGAAAGUACUUAUCCACCUGAAUUUAAAUCGCCAAUCAAAGACCAAAUUGGAAUUCGCGAAGGUGGGUUUGCGCAUUUCGAAGCUCGUCUAGAACCAGUAGGGGAUUCUACACUACGAGUAGAAUGGCUGAAAGAUGGCAAAGCCGUCAAAGCCAGUUCUAGAAUUACUUCCUUCUUUAAUUUCGGAUACGUAGCUUUAACUAUCAAGGAUGUUACCAUUCACGAUGUAGGCAAUUACAUCUGCAGAGCAUACAACGCCAUGGGUCAAGCUACCACAACAGCUCAAUUGAGUGUUAUUAGCAAGAAAGAUAUCGUAAUGGACUCUCAACAUCCUGGAGGACUUGAGAAAAUUCAAUUCCUCGAAGACACUACUAGAUUUAACCGAAUCGAAAAAGAUGAAACCCAAGUUAGUCAAAAACCGAAGUUUAGUGGACCUUUAAAAGGUACCAACAAGAUUAUUGAAGGUCAACGUGCUCAUUUUGAGGCACGUGUAGAACCUCAAAGCGAUUUAACCAUGAAGACCGAAUGGUAUUGUAAUGGAAAACCGAUCCAAACCGCCAACAGGAUUCAAACUUAUCACGAUUUUGGAUACGUUGCUUUAGAUAUCUUGAGCGUUCGUGCUGAAGAUUCCGGAACGUAUACCGUUGUUGCUAGAAAUGCUUUGGGUGAAGCCCAACUCACCGCUAAUAUGGUUGUUGAAACACGCUCAAGUAUUGAUACCAGAAGCAUGCACCGUGCCGCUUACGACAAAACUCGUGCUCUUGAGGACUCCAAAUUCGUUGAACCUCAAUAUGUUAUUGAAGAAAUUUCAAAAUCGAAACCGAUCUUCACCCAACCUUUAUCUGAUCCACGCCCUGUGAACGAAGGUCGCAACAUUCAUUUAGAAUGUCGAUUGGAACCAAUGGGCGACCCAACCAUGAGAGUUGAAUGGUUCUGCAACGGAAAACCUGUCACCGUAGGCUCAAGAUUCAGAACUUACAACGAUUUUGGCUUUAUUGCCUUAGAUAUCAUUCAUGCAACUGCUGCUGAUACCGGUGAAUACACAGUGAGAGCAACUAACCAUUUAGGAUCAGCUCAUACUUCUGCCCAAGUCAGAGUUAUUGCCCGAUCUGACAUCAUUACGGAUACUCAACAUGAACAAUCUCUGGAACAAAUCCAAAUGUUAGAAGGUCGUCAAAAACAUGGACCAUCUGAAGAUAUAACUGUUUAUGAACCACCUCACUUCACCAGACCGUUACACAACAUUGAAACAGUUGAGGGUACAAACAUACAUAUGGAAUGCCGUUUACAACCAGUUGGUGAUUCAAGCAUGAAAGUUGAUUGGUUUUGGAAUGGUCGCCCAGUAAAAGUUGGUCAUAGAUUCAGACCAGCUUACGAUUUUGAUUACGUAGCCCUUGAUUUGUUAUCUGUAUACCCAGUAGAUUCUGGCGUUUACACCUGCCAAGCUAGGAAUCAACUUGGUGAAGCCGUUACAUCCUGCUCUGUAAAAGUUAUCCCAAAAAGAGAUUUGUAUUUUGACACCCAACAUCCCGGUGGAUUGGAAAAAAUUCAACAACUUGAAGAUCAUUCAAGAGCCUUCAAACGCACCGAGUACAUGGAAGAAGUGGUUAAUGUGCCACCGAAAUUCAUUACCAAACCCAAAAGCUUAGAAAAUAUGCGUGAAGGCCAACAUGCUCACUUUGAAUGCAAAGUCGAACCGAUCACCGAUUCAAAUUUAAAAGUAGAAUGGUUUAAAAAUGGUCGUCCAAUUACAGUAGGACAUAGAUUCAGACCAAUUCACGAUUUCGGAUACGUAGCUCUUGACAUCAUUGAUUUAAUUGCCGAGGACUCUGGAACCUACACAUGCAGAGCUGUUAAUUUAGUAGGAUCUGACGAAACUACCUGUUCAUUAACUUGUUCUAGCUCAACUCAAAUUGUCACUCAAACUCAAAAUGAACAAGGUCUUCAACAAAUUCAACAUUUAGAAGAUCGCUCACGAUACCAACGUCAAGAAGACGUUGAAGAAACUACCAAACAAAUUCCAAUCUUUACAACUUCUCCAAAGAACAUCGAGAUUAAGGAAGGACAAAGAGCACAUUUCGAAUGCCGCCUUAUUCCGGUAUCUGAUGCAACUAUGAGAGUUGAAUGGUUCCAUAAUGGACAACCUGUAAAAUCUGGCUCCAGAUUUUCAGAAACCAAUAAUUUUGGUUUUGUUGCGCUUGAUAUUUUGUACGCCUACCCUGAAGAUUCUGGUACAUAUACCUGCCGUGCCACUAACGCCGUAGGCGAAGCUGUAACAUCAGCUACUUGUGUUGUUCAAACUAAGAAAGCCAUCGUUAGAGAAUCUGUCCACGAAGGAGCAUUAGAACGUUUGAGAGAUUUGGAAGAUUCAUCCAGAUAUCAACGUCAAGUUGUACAAGAGGAAACAAUUUCUCAAGCUCCUUGCUUCACCCUUCCAAUCAAGGAUUUAAGAGUUGCUGAAAAUCAAGCUGCUCAUUUCGAAGCUAGAUUAAUUCCUGUCGGAGACUCUAGGAUGAAAGUAGAAUGGCUUAGGAAUGGAGUUCAAAUUGAAGCAUCAAACCGUCUUACCACCAUGCAUGAUUUCGGAUAUGUUGCUCUUAACAUGAAGUAUGUUAAUCCUGAAGAUUCCGGAACUUACACCUGCAGAGCUGUUAAUGACAUUGGUGAAGCUGUAACAUCAGCCACCUUAUUCGUACAAUCCAAAGCAUCAUUGCAAAUGGAAACUCAGCACGAAGGUGCUCUGCAAAAGUUGCGACAAUUAGAAGAUUCUACCAAAUAUCAAAGACGUGAAACUGAAGAAGUUGAAGUCACACAAGCUCCAAGAUUCACAACUCAUUUGAACGGACCUGCUGAGUUAUUUGAAGGACAAAGUGCCCAUUAUGAAUGCAGAAUCGAACCAUAUCCAGACGCCAAUUUGAAGGUGGAAUGGUUCCAUAAUGGAAAACCUCUCUCCACUGGACAUAGAUUCCGUACCGCUUACGACUUUGGAUUCGCCAGCCUUGAUGUUCUCACCGCAUAUGGUGAAGAUUCAGGUACUUACACCUGCCGUGCUUCCAACCGCAUAGGAAAAGCAGAAUCAUCUGUCGUAACCAACAUUAAAUCGAAGGCAUCCAUCAUUAAAGAAACACAACACGAAGGUGCUUUGCAAAAGAUUCAAUAUCUUGAAGAUGAUUCUCGUUAUAAACGCACUACUCAAGACGAUGUUGUAAUUAUUGAAAAACCCCAAUUCGGUAAAGGUUUAAAACCUGUUGAAAAUCUACCGGAAGGAAAAACAAUACAUCUUGAAGCCACACUUACACCAGUUAAUGAUCCAACGAUGAGAGUUGAAUGGUACUGUAAUGGUAGACCCAUUCCUAGUGGCUCCAGAUACAAAACCACCUAUGAUUUUGGAUUUGUCGCAUUAGAUAUCUUACACGCCUAUCCUGAAGACAACGGAACAUACAUGUGCCGUGCUAGAAACGCUGCUGGUGAAGCUGUCACCACAGCAGGAGUUUCUGUUGUUGGAAAAUCUGGACUUCAACUUGAUACAUUAGAUGAGCAAAGAUUAAGAAAAAUUAAGGACUUGGAAGCUUAUGAAAGGCCAAAGAGGGAAGAAAUCGAACAGCAAAUGCAAAAACCUGUCUUCUUAACUCCUCUAAUCAACUUAGAAAAUUUAAAAGAAGGUGAGCAUGCCCAUCUUGAAUGCCGCGUAGAACCAAUCAACGAUGCUAACUUGAAGAUUGAAUGGUUUGUAAAUGGAGUUAAAUUGAAGACUGGUCACAGAUUUAGAACCACUCACGAUUUUGGAUAUGUUGCACUCGAUAUUCUUUACGCUUAUCCAGAAGAUAGUGGAACCUAUAUGUGCAAAGCAACUAAUUUAGUAGGUGAAGCAGUAAAUACCUGUACCAUUAAUGUUGGUACUCGCCGUAGUAUCAUCCUUGACACCCAACAUCCAGAAGGAUUAGAAAAGAUCAGAGAAUUAGAAGCUCAGGGUCACCCAGCUCGUUUAGAAGUUGAGGAACCGGCACCGUUUCCACCCAGGUUUAUUACUGAGCUUCGUGGAACCACUGAAUUAUAUGAAGGCCAAACGGCUCACUUUGAGGCGCAAAUUGAACCGAUUCAUGAUCCUAAUUUACGUAUUGAAUUCUACCAUAAUGGAAAGCCUUUACAAUCUGCUUCAAGAUUCCAUAUCACUUUCGACUUUGGUUACGUUGCCCUUGAUAUUGGGCACGUUGUGCCAGAAGAUGCUGGUGAAUACUCAGUUAAAGCUAUUAAUAACUUGGGACAAUGCGUAUCGUCCAUCAAAAUGCGUGUAAUAGCGAAAAGCAAUAUUAUUUUGGAUUCACAACGCCCUGAAGGUCUGGAUAAAAUCCGACAAUUAGAAGAACACCAACCAUACAAGAGACCAGAAAUCGACGAACCAGUUACUCGUCAACGACCUGUAUUUACUCAACCGUUACAAAAUAUUGAUAACAUUAAUGAAUCCGAAACUGCCCACUUCGAAUGCCGCUUAAUUCCGGUUGGUGAUCCAACUUUGAAAGUGGAAUGGUUUAGAAAUGAAAAACCACUAGAAGACAGUUCAAGAAUCACCAAAGUCCACGACUUUGGAUAUGUUUCUUUGGAUAUUGCGCACGUUCGUGAUGAAGACCAGGGUGUUUAUAUGUGCAGAGCUUCUAACCCACUUGGAGAAGCUGUUACGACUGCAUCUAUGAGAAUUAGAACCAAAGCCAGCAUCCAAUUGGAUACACAGCAUGCAGAAAGCAUGCGUAAAAUCCAACAACUCGAGCAACCAUUAGCACCAAGACCAGAAGAACCUGAAAGAAUUUUCGAGAAACCAAUCUUCACUCAAGUACUUACCGGACCAACAGAGUUGUGGGAAGGUCAACAUGCUCACUUUGAAGCUCGCGUAGUACCAGUUGGUGAUCCAAGUUUAAGAUUUGAAUGGUACUGCAAUGGAAUAGAGUUAAAGAUUGGGUCAAGAAUCCGUUCUACUCACGAUUUCGGGUUCGUCACAUUAGAUGUAUUGAACACGGUAGUAAAUGACUCCGGAGUUUAUAUGUGCAAGGCUAUCAAUAAAUCUGGAGAAGCUGUGUCUUCAAUUUCCAUGAAAGUUAAAGCCAAAUCAACAAUUUCUACUGAAGCUUUACAUCCCGAUGCAUGGGAGAAGAUUCAACAGAAAGAAGCUGAAAUGAACAAAGUACCAGAAAUGUUCAUAGAUACAACACCACAACAACCACCUGUAUUUACUACUCACCUCAAAAGCUACGAUACCUUAACUGAAGGACAACACGUCUACCUAGAUGCUCAAGUAGAACCAAGAGCUGAUCCAAACUUAAGGGUUGAGUGGUUCAAAAACGGAAUAUCAUUAACUACCGGUGCCAGAUUAAGAAGCACCUUUGAUUUCGGUCUUGUAACUCUUUCCAUCAAUGGGUUAAGACAUGAUGACACAGCUAUCUACACUUGCAAAGCCACCAAUCUUUACGGUGAAGCUAUCUCCACUUGCACAUUGAAAAUUGAAGAUAAACAUUGGUUGCUCGGGCAAACUUUGCAUCCUGAUGCAAUUCCAAAACUAGAGGCCUUAGAAGCACCUAGAUCCGAAGACUCUAUUCGUCCUGAACCUACCUACGAUGCGCCAGUCUUCGUUAGUCAUCUUAAUAACGUCGAAAACGUUGAAGGCGAUUCAGCUCACUUUGAAUGUAACGUAGAGCCAUCAAAAGACCCAACUAUGAAAAUUGAGUGGUUCGUUAAUGGAAAACCACUUCCCAGUGGUGCUAGAUAUAAAAGUACUUACGAUUUUGGUUACGUUAGUUUGGAUAUUAACCAUUGUUAUGCUGAAGAUUCUGGAAUAUAUACAUGCAAGGCUACAAACAACAAAGGUACUGCCUCCACUUCUGGAACUCUUCGCACUACCGAUAAGACCAAGAUUAUCUGGGACACUCAACAUCCUCAAGGAAAAGCAGGUUUGAGCGCUGUCGAAGAAGUUGAUAGUGCUUAUGCCAAUAAAAUGCAGCGCCAACCUUCAGGUCCUGAAAAAGAAUAUGCUAAACCAGUAUGGACAACACCACUUGGUCCUGAAUUCAAGAUAAGCGAAGGUAAACCAUUGCACCUCGAAGGUACCGUAGAACCAAAAGAAGAUCCGAACUUAAAGAUCGAGUGGUUCUUCAAUGGAAAAUCCUUGGACCACGCUUCCAGAUUUAAACUUACCAGCGAUUUUGGUUUUGUAACCUUAGAUUUGACAGAUGUUUACGAUCGUGAUCAAGGUAUUUACACCUGCAAGGCUUCCAACAAAGCUGGGGAAGCUUAUACAUCUACCACAAUUUAUUGCACCACCAAAGCCGGUCUAAUCGAUCGUACUCAACAUCCUAAAGGGCAAGAAGGUCUUGAAAAGAUUCAAGAUUUGGAAGACGCUCUUAAUAGAAUCGAUCAACCAUUACCUGAUGUUGAUGAAGGUCACGCUCCAGUUUUCACCUCCGAAUUUACAGCGCUCACCAAUCUGAGCGAAGGUGAAAUUGCUCAUUUCGAGGCUGGAUUAACACCAAUCGGUGAUCAAACGAUGAAAGUUGAGUGGUUCUACAAUGGAAAAGCAAUCGAAGCUAGUCACAGAUUCCGAACUGUUCACGCUUUCGGAAUGGUUGUCUUGGAAAUCCUUGGUUGUAAAACUGAGGAUUCUGGCACUUACACUUGCGUUGCUACCAAUGCCUGGGGUAAAGCCGAACAAAGCGUUACAUUGGAAUGCGUUGAAAAGCUCAAAGGACAACCACCCAAAUUUACUACUCACCUCAAGGACAUUAUUGGUCUUAAAGACGGCCAACCAGCUCACUUUGAAUGCACAUUAGUUCCAGUCAAUGAUCCUAAAUUAAAAGUGGAAUGGUUCCACAAUGGUCAACCAAUUUUACAAUCUACUCGUAUCAAGACCGUAUCAGACUUUGGUUUUGUUGUGAUGGACAUCGCGUAUACUCAAAAUCAUGACUCUGGAGAAUACGUUUGUAAAGCAAGUAAUGAAUAUGGUGAAGAUUACACCAAAGCCACCAUCAAUGCUUAUGGAAGAAGUGGCGUCUUCACUGAGAGUUUACAACCUGACUCUUUGGCCAAAAUUAGAGAAUUGGAAAGCUAUCAAGUCCAACAAACUCAAGCUCAAGUGGAAGUCACCGAACCACCUAAAUUUAUUACACAAAUUGCAGAUGUCACUAAAUUGGUUGAAGGACAAAGUGCUCACUUUGAAGCCAGACUUACACCAGUCACAGAUCCAGAUUUGGUUGUGGAAUGGUAUUACAAUGGAAAGAAAUUACCUCACGGCCACAGAUACAGAACUUUCCACGAUUUUGGUAUUGUAAUCUUAGAUAUUUUGUAUUGUUACGAAGAAAAUUCUGGCGUGUACGAGUGUAGAGCUUAUAACAAAUACGGAGAAGAUUCUACAAAAGCAACAUUGAAAUGUACUUCGAAAGCUAAUUUGAUUUUGACCUCGCAACUACCGCGGGGCAUGGAAGGUGGAUUAGAAAAGAUUCAAACAUUAGAAGACUCUAUGAUUCGCGUACGCGACGAGAAAGAAACAGAAGAAAAAGGCAAAGCACCCGUAUUUACUACUCCGUUAUCUAACAUUGAUGACCUUCGUGAAGGUGAAAGUGCUCACUUUGAAGCACGACUUACACCAACAGAUGAUCCUAAACUUAAAGUCGAAUGGUUCUGGAAUGGAAAACCAUUAAGAACCGGUUCCAGAUUCCGCACGUUCUGUGAUUUUGGAUUCGUUAUUUUGGAAAUAUCGCCAGUUUACCCUGAAGAUUCAGGUGAAUACUCAUGCAGAGCUACGAAUGAAUAUGGAGAAGCCGUAACCGUAUCUACAAUGAAGGUUCAAGGAAAGCGCAGCAUUAUUUUGGAAUCCCAGCUUCCACAAGGUAUGGAAGGCACAAUUGAUAAAAUUGCAGAACUUGAAGGAUUGGGUGUUAUUCACACUCAAAUGUCUCAAGAUGAAGAUACCGGAAAACCACCAGAAUUUAUUACAACACCCUCUGAUUUAUCGCUUUCUGAAAAUUCAUUGGCUCAUUUCGAAUGUAGAUUACAGCCAGUUAACGAUCAAAGCAUGCGUGUUGAAUGGUUCCAUAACGGAAAAGCUUUAUGGGCUGGUUCGAGAAUCAAAACCAUCAAUGACUUCGGUUUUGUAAUCUUAGAAGUAGCUGGAGUCUAUCAAAGAGAUUCCGGAUUAUACACUUGCAAAGCUACUAAUAAACAUGGAGAAGCAACUGUUUCCUGCAAAUUACAAGUGCGCGGCAGACAAGGCAUUGUAAUGGAGCCACAAUUACCAGCUAGUUUCAGAAGCGGAACUGAGAGUAUCCAAAGAUUGGAAGAAGAUCUUUACAAAAGAGAAGAAAUUAAAGUUGACGAAGAAGUUCCAAAUCCACCUAAAUUUACUGUUAAUAUCAAGGACAACGUUGAUGUUCCAGAAGGUGGCCCAAUUCAUUUCGAUUGUAGAGUUGAACCAAUUAAUGAUCCUACCAUGCGUAUCGAAUGGUUCCAUAACGGUCGUCCAUUCGCAACUGGUUCCAGAGUACACCAAUUGAAUGAUUUCGGCUUUAUAGCUCUUGAUAUCGAUUAUUCAUAUACUAGAGAUGCUGGGGAAUACAUUUGCAGAGCUACAAACAAGUGGGGUACAGCCACAACAAAAGCAACUGUAACCACAACAGCAAAACGUAACAUCGAUUUUGAUUCCCAAUUACCAUCUGGUAUGAGUGCUGAAAAAUUAAAAGAAUUAGAAAAAGGUAAAGUUAGUGAAGCUCCAAAAGAGGAAGAACCUAUGAGUCCACCUAAAUUUAUCACACAAAUUGAAUCUGCAACAGUUGAAGAAAGCGAAUCUGUUCGAUUUGAAUGCAGAGUCGAACCUAAAAAUGAUCCAGAUCUUCGUAUUGAAUGGUACAGAAAUGGAAAACUAUUACCAGCAGGUUCCAGAUAUCAUACUAAUUUCGAAAUGGGCUACGUCACUUUGGGCAUUACAUAUGUAUAUCCCGAAGAUUCGGGCGAAUACGUCUGCAGAGCUUUUAACAAAAUGGGAGAAGAUUUCACCAAAGCAAGCGUUUCAUGCAAAACAUUACCGAGCAUCAUUUUGCAAAACCAAGUACCUAAGGGCAUGAAGCGAUCCGAAACACUCAUGCAAAUGGAAGCUGCCAUCAAGAAAUACACUUCCGAGAUUCAUUUAACUGAAGAAGAUCUUUAUGAUGCCGAAAAGAAACAACCACCGAGAUUUGUUACUCAAAUCCAGGAUCAAACUGAACUUGUUGAAAUGAACUCCGCUAAAUUUGAGUGUCAAUUAGCUCCUGUUGGCGAUCCUAACAUGAAAGUUGAAUGGUUCUUUAACGGAAAACCAUUACCUCACAAAAAUCGUUUCACUCCAAUUUAUGAUUUCGGUUAUGUUGCAAUGAACUUCGGUUGGGUUUACCCUGAAGACAGCGGCGAAUACGUAUGCCGCGCCACUAAUUUAUAUGGCAUGGAUGAAACUAGAGCAAUCAUCAAAACUGCUGGUAAACCAGGUAUAAUUUACGAAUCUCAAUUGCCGAAAGGAAUGAAGAGUAUUGAAAGAAUUAGAGAGAUGGAAGCAGCUUGGCAAGUUAUUCCAGACGAUGCCGAAGAAGAAGCUAAACCAAGAUCAGCACCUUUAUUCGUCAGCAAACCAGAACCAUGUACCGUUGAGGAAGGCGAAUGGGCACGAUUCUGUUGUCGCGUUACAGGUCAUCCUAAACCACGUGUUAUGUGGUUGAUUAACGGACACACCGUCGUCAAUGGAUCUAGAUAUAAAUUGACUUACGACGGGAUGUAUCAUUUAGACAUCCCAAAAACUAGGCAAUACGAUACUGGCAAAGUUGAGGUCAUUGCCAGAAGUAGCGUGGGAGAAGCAAUAGCCGAAACUGAACUGAAGGUUAUACCAAGACAUGACGAUUACAGAAAUGUACUUAAAAACUCACCUAGACCGUGGUACGAUAUCGAACUCCAACAAUAUCAGAAAGAUAGACAAGAAACCGAACUCGAGAAAUUCUUCGACGAACGUCAUCAAACAUUACAGCAAAGCGGACACUCAGCUAUGUUCAUACAUCCAAAACUAUUCGAAAGGUCAGAAGCCGAUUGGCAAAACAGCGUUAAACAGAGAAAAGGUGAAGAAUACUACAACAAACUUCAAGAAUUAGAAAAUGAACAAGUAACGAGAGAACUUAAAUUGAGGGAACAACACCAUCAAUUUGCUAUUCCCGGGGAUAAAAUCGUAGCUAGCACCAUCGCUAAAGGAAUGGCUCAAAAAUACGAAAAUAAAUUGGACCAGAAAGAAGAAGUAUCUAAUAUGUACACUCAACAACUGAAAAGAACCGGACUACGUGAAACAAAGCAACAUAGUACUGAAUACGAAGUAGACUCUAAAACUGGUGCUUAUCCACCUGAUCCAGCAGCUUCGGCUGUUCACGGACGUGAGCGUUACGUUACCAAACAAAAGCAAACUCAAAGAGAAACCGUCGGUGACACUGAAAUCACAAGAAAAAUAACAGCUACUGAAACAACCGACGUCGAACAUUCAGGAAGAGCCGAGGAACGAUUUGUCCAAGAACAAGUUUUACCGUCGAAACCACCAUUCUUUACAAAGAAAAUCCAACCUGUUAGGGCAUUCGAAAACGAGCCAGCUAAAUUUGAAGUAGAGUUCGAUGGCGAUCCAUUACCAACCAUCAAAUGGUUCAGAGAAGAUUUCCCCAUAACUAGUUCACCUGAUUUGAAAAUUUAUACCAUGAGCAUGAAAUCUAUUUUAACAAUGAGACAAGUUUUCGUUGAAGACUCUGGCGUAUUCAGUGUAAUUGCUGAAAAUCGCGGUGGAACUGCGAAAUGCAGUGCAAAUUUGGUCGUACAAGAACGAAGAAGAGCUGGAAGAACAGGAAAUGUUCCUCCUAGCUUUGUGACCACCGCCCAAAACGCUACCGCUAACACCGGCCAAUUAGUUAGAUUUGACGCCAGAAUCAACGGAACCAAACCAAUUGAUGUCUAUUGGUUGAAAGGUGGAAAGAAAAUUCUUCCAUCAGAUAUGCGUUACAAAACGUUAGAAGAAGAUGAGGUCUAUACCUUACUAAUUAUUGAAGUCGUUCCUGACGAUUCAGGUAAAUAUGAGUGCGUUGCCAUCAACAAAGCAGGAGAAGCUCGUUGUGAAGCUGAAUGUGUCGUAAAUCCACCAGCUUCACCGACAAAAACAUCAAAACCAACAACUCCAGGAGCAGAAAAAGCUCCAGCGAUUGUAGAUGCGCUCAAAAAUCAAACUGUCCGUGAAGGCCAAGCUGUUUCAUUCAGAUGUAAAAUCAGUGGAAAGCCAACUCCUAUCAUCAAAUGGCAGAAAGGAGAUAAAGUUAUUAAACCAUCAAAAUAUUUCCAAAUGUUGAAGGAUGGUGAUACAUGCACAUUAAAAAUUACUGAAGCGUUCCCUGAAGACGAAGGAGUCUACAAAUGUGUUGCAACUAACCCAGCUGGCACCAUAACUACUCAAGGAACCUUAAAGGUUACAGCCGCCGAAAGUCAAGAGGUACCACCUUCAUUAACCAAAAUGAAGGAUGUUAUUGUACCUGAAGGUAGUCCGGCACAAUUUAAAACCAGUGUUUCUGGCAAACCACGACCAACGAUCCAAUGGUUGAGGGAUGGAUUUUUAAUUCCGGAAUCACCAGAUUUCCAGAUGAUUCAUGAAGGCAACAACGCAGUUCUACUGAUUUCGAGUACUUAUGAGGAGGAUUCUGGGUUGUUCACGUGUCGCGCCACAUCUUCAGCAGGACAAGUGGAACAAUCAGCCAAACUGAUCGUCAAAAAGCGUCCCGGAAAAGUAUAUCGUACUCAAGUACCAGAUCAAAAAGGGCAACAACAACCUACCUAUCCACAAGCACCUUUCGGUGCGAAACAAAGUCCCGGCACAGGCUCUUUCAUAGAUGGCGUAGGUGCUGGUGAUCAACCAAUCGAUGGGGAAGCACUCCCUAUGGGCGAUGAAACACUUCCAUGGAGAGCGAAAGGCAAACCAAAGCCUAAGGUCCCAUGGAGGCAAGCGCCGGUCGGUUUAACUCUUGCAGAACAAGCUCAGCAACCUGAAAGAAAGAAAAGCAAAUCGUUAGAACCACAAAAAGCAGAAAUAAAACCUUGGACUGAAGAACCAAUCGUUCUCAAAAAAGCUGCAAUUGAAAAGAAAGAGAUCCUUAAGGAAACCAUAGAAGAAGUUCAACUAAAACCCUCCAAACCAGAACGAAGGGAAAUACCACGUUCUUCAAUAGAACAUGUCGAUUUAAAACACAGGGAAAGAGAAGAAUUAGAACGUUUACACCUCGAAGAAAUAGAAAAAAUGUCAAAAGUGACCAAAUCUACAGUUGAAGAUAAAACUUUAUUGGAUGUUAGUGAAACUGAAGAAGUCGAUUCAAUCACCAAACCUAAACCAGCUGAUUGGCGAAAACCACGGUCGAAAAAACCUGAGGAGGUUCAAAAGCCGAAAUCAAGGGACACAUCGAAAGAGAAACCCGAACCAAUUCCAUGGACUCAACAAGAAGUUAAAUUAAAGAAGACUGAAAUUGUAAGAAAAGAAAUUCCAAAGGAGACUUUACCUGAAGUUCAACUUCAACCGGUUCAACUCCCAGAAAAGGAAACACCUCGAGAAAGACCAAGAGAUCUAUCAAAAGAUAGACAAGAACCUAUUCCAUGGACGGAAGAGGAAAUUAAACUCAAGAAAACUGAAAUUGUAAAGAAAGAAAUUCCAAAAGAGACAUUACCAGAAGUUCAUCUUCAACCGGUUCAAAUUCCCGACACAGAUAGCCUCGCGGACGAAACAAGAGAUAGAGAAGGUCCUAUUCCAUGGACGGAAGAGGAAAUAAUAUUAAAGAAAACAGAUAUUGUUAAACAAGAAAUUCCUAAAGAAACUAUUGAAGAAGUUGAGCUUCAACCUGUACCAUUAAUUCCCAAACAAGUUCCAAAAGAAGAAUUCCCGAAGAUAGAAUUAAAACCGAAACCGAGAGAAAUUAUCGAAACUCGCGAUCAAAAAAUUGAAGAAGUAAUCAAGGAAGAGAGAAUAUCCAAAGACAUUAAACAAACAAAAGUAAUAACUGAAGAUUCUUCGAGACUUACAAUUGAAGAAGAAACGAAAGAAUCAAUUGUGCAAGAAGUUGAAGAAGAAGAACUACCUAAAUUCUGGGAUUGGAGACAACAACCUAAGGGUGGUAAAGUUACAAGAGAAGAUAUUGCUCACCUUGAAGGUAAACCAUUACAACCUGAAAAAGUAGAGAAAAAGCCGCAAAAAGUUCUACCAAAACCAGAGGAAGCGGUGCCAUGGAACCAACAGCCAAUUCAAUUAAAGAAAACUCCCAUUACACCUAAAGAAGCAACAAAAGAUACUAUUGAAGAUGUAGUGUUGAAACCAAUUCCUACCCCAACACAAACGAUUGAAGAUAGAACGAUUAUUUCAAUUAAAGAAACUGCUACAGAAGAACAAAAACAGAGACAAGAAAUUGUAGAUAGGAAGAAAGUUGAAUUCGUUGAAACUCAAGAUAGCACAAUGCUUCAAGUAAGCGAAAGAAUCACUGAAAGGACAGAGAUGAAGGAAACUAUAGAAAAAGGUUGGCGUAAACCUAGAAUGCCGGAGCAACCUGAGACUAUUCAACAUAUUGAAGACCAGACAUUAAUGGACUUGAAAGAGACGAUUGAGGAAGAGAAAAAGAAACCAAAGAAAGUUGUUCCCCAAAAAGAUGAACCUGUUCCAUGGAAUGAACAACCAAUUCAAUUAAAAAAGACGACUAAAGAAACUAAACAGGUUGUUAAAGAACAAAUUGAGGAUGUUACACUGAAACCGAUUCCCAAAGAAACACCAUUUACUGAAGAAAUUAUUAAACAUGAAGUAACAAAGGAUAUCCAACCUGGGAAGGAGGAUAAGCGAGAAAUUAUUGAAAAGAAGAAGGUGGAAUUUACAAAAACCGAAGAUAGUACAUUUAUGAGAGUUGAUGAAUCUAUCACUGAAAGAACCGAGAAAUCGGAAGCGAUUGAAAAAAGUUGGAGAAAACCUAAGCAACCAAUUGAAGAGAAACAACCUAUACAACACCUCGAAGACAAAGCGGAAUUACAAAUACAAGAAACUGUAGAUGAAGAAAAACGAAAACCAAAGAAACCUUUGCCGAAAAAGGAAGAACCAAUCCCAUGGAAUCAACAACCCAUUACAUUGAAGAAAACUCCCAAAGAAAUAAAACCUGUAGAAAAAGCAGAAAUUGAAGAUGUUACAUUAAAACCAAUACCAAAAGAAGAGAAAGAAAUUGGACAACCUAAGCAAAUACUCGAGGAUAAAACGAUUAUUAAAUUAGAUGAAAAAGUUGUCGAGGAAAAAGUUGUAACACAAAAAGAGGAAAUUAAAGAUUGGCGUAAACCAAAAGAAAUAAAACCUCAACCAAAAGAAGAAGUUCCUCUUCAACCACUACAAAAGCAAAUAUUAGAAGAUAAAACAAUUCUAAAAGUAGACCAGAAAGUUGUUGAAAAACAAACUGUUGAAGAGAAAAUUGUUGAAGAACAAGUUGUUGAAACCAGGGGUUGGAGAAAACCACGUAAACCUGAAGAAGUAACACCAGUUGAAGUUGAAGAACUUCCCAAAGCUCCUGUUGAAGCAAAACCAAAGAAACCGUUGCCUAAAAAGGAGGAACCUAUUCCAUGGAAUCAACAACCUAUCCAACUUAAGAAAACACCCAAAGAACCGAAACCUGUUGACAAGGAGGAUUUAGAAGAAAUCGCUCUAAAGCCAGUUAAGAAAGAUGUUGAAGAUAAAACGAUUCUAAAAGUUGACGAAAAGGUUGUUGAAGAAACUAAGAAGGAAAAAAUAGUACAAAAACGGGAUGAACAGGAAAUAAUUCAAGUUGUAAAACAAGAUGUUGAGGAUAAAACCAUUUUGAAAGUAAAAGAAGAAGUGGUUGAAGUAAAAGAAGAAACUCGUGGUUGGAGAAAACCACGUAAACCAGAAGAAGUAACACCAGUUGAAGUUGAAGAACUUCCCAAAGCUCCUGUCGAAGAAAAACCAAAGAAAUCGUUACCUAAAAAGGAAGAACCUCUUCCAUGGAAUCAACAACCUAUCCAACUUAAGAAAACACCCAAAGAACCGAAACCUGUUGACAAGGAGGAUUUAGAAGAAAUCGCUCUAAAGCCAGUUAAGAAAGAUGUUGAAGAUAAAACGAUUCUAAAAGUUGACGAAAAGGUUGUUGAAGAAACUAAGAAGGAAAAAAUAGUACAAAAACGGGAUGAACAGGAAAUAAUUCAAGUUGUAAAACAAGAUGUUGAGGAUAAAACCAUUUUGAAAGUAAAAGAAGAAGUGGUUGAAGUAAAAGAAGAAACUCGUGGUUGGAGAAAGCCUAGAAAACCGCAAGAACAACCUAGACAAGAUGUUGAAGACAAAAUAAUUACUAGUGUUGAUGAAAAAAUUGAAGAAACAAUAGAUACACGUCAACCAUUGCAACCAAAAGAAGAAGUUGUUGAAGAGGUACAACCUGAAAUUAAAUCUUGGAGAAAACCUAAAAAACCGGAAGAUAAGGUGACUGAAGUAAUUGAUAAGAAACCUGAGGAGGAGAAACCAAAAGUGGUUGAGAAGAAACCCAAGCAGAUUCCAACCAAGCAAGAAGAACCACUUCCUUGGACUGAACAAGUUAAACUUAAGAAAGCCAGAAGAGAAUCAAAAGAGAUACAAAAGGAAACUCUAGAGGAAGUUAUUCUUACUCCUAUCAGAAAAGAUUCGUUAAAAACUACAGAAGAGGUUGUUGAAACGAAGGAAUGGAGAAAACCAAAAAUUCCAGAAGAAAAAGCGCCAGAGGAGAAAAUACCAGAAGAUAAGCCACGUAAAAUAGAGGAAAAACCACAACCUAAACCCGAACAGCCCGAAAAAGUACAACCUAAAGAAAAAGUAGCAAUACCAGAGAAAGUAAAACCGGAAGAAAAAGUUGAAGAAAUUGAAGAAGGAAAAUUACCUUGGCAACAAGCAAGGUUGAAACCUACCAAAAAAGAUGUGAAAGAAACAGAAAAGACAGAAAUAGAUGUAAGUUUGAAACCGGUUAAAAAGACUACAGUUGAAGAACAAAUAGAAGUCGUCGAAGAUAUUGUGCAACCUGUUAAACCUAAAGAUGAAGUACGCCCUUGGCGUAAAGAAAAGAAGGUUGUAACAGAGGAAAUUGUCGAAGAAAAAAUUAUCGAAGAAACCAAACCAACGAAAAAAGUUGAAGAAAAGAUUAUUGAAGAAAAGAUUGUUGAAGAAAUUAUUCAACCAGAAAAACCCAAAGAUGAAACUAGAUCAUGGCGUAGACAAAAGAAAGUCGUGGAGGAAGUUGUAGAAGAAAAGAAGGUGGAAGAAAUUAAACCAGAAGAACAACCUAAAGAAAUUAUAGAGGAUAAAUUACCUUGGCAACAAGCGAAAUUAAAACCAACAAAGAAACCGACGAAGGAAGUUGAAGAGACAAAGAUUGAGGUUGAAUUGAAACCAAUUAAACGUGAGGAUAAACCUGUUGAACGAGUAGAUAUUCUGGAAGAAACAGUAACCGAGGUUGAAGAUACUGUUAUACUUAAAGUCGAUGAAAAGCCAAAAAUAACUGAAGAAAUAACGACAGAAACUAAGAAGCGUAAAAAAAUCAAAACGCAUGUAGAGGAAGAUAAAGCUGUAGCGGAAGAAGAAAUAAUCGAAGAAGAAGAGGUUGAGAAACCUGUACCUGCUGAAAUACCUAUUGAAAAAGAAAGACCUACCGAAGAAGAAAUAAAAGAACUUCCGGAGAAACCGGUUGAGAAAAAACCAAAGAGAAUACCAAUCAAACCAAUAGAACAAAAGGAAGAUUUUACAGCUAUUCAAUUAAAACCAGCAAAGAAAGUUCAAAAACCUGUCGAAGAAGAAGUGGUUGAAACGGUAGAUCUUAAACCAAUCCCCGAAAAAGAAAUAGUUCAUGAAGAGGAGGUAGUUAAAAAAGACAAGAAACCGAAAAAACCAAAAGAAGAAAUUCCAAAAGCGCCUGAAGAAUUGGAACAAUACACUCCUGAGAAAUUGGAGAUAAUUGAAGUUGAAAAACCAGAAAAGAAACCUGAGGAGGUACAACCAGCAGCACCUUGGCGACGACAGCCUAAAGAAAAACCAGAAGAAAAGAUUGAUGAAGCUCCAAAGUUAAUAAUCGGAAAAGGUAAAAUACCAGAAGAACAAAAAGUUGUUGAGGAAGUAAAACUUAAACCAAUUCCGAAAGAUAAGAAACCGGUUGCUGAGAAAGAAAUUCCUGAAGAAAAGCCUUUGAAGAAACCAGAAGUGAAGCCUUUCGAUGUAGAACGUGAGGAAGUUACACUGAAACCGUAUGAAAAACCAAAACCACAAGAAAUUCCACAAGAGCAGAAAGUUGAAGAAAAAGUUCCUCUUCCGGAGAAACCUCUUGAAAAAGUAGAGGAGGAAAAACCUUCUACGCCAUGGCAAAGAACACCUAAAGAGAAACCCGUAGAAGUACUUGAAGAAAAAGCUUGGCCAAGAGGAAAGAGGAAGCCAAAAGUUCCGGAGGAGCAAGAAAAAGUUGUAUUGAAACCGAUUCCUAAGAAACCUGAUGAGAAACCGGAAGAAGUAAUCGAAGAUAAAUUUAAAGCUCCAAUAAAAGACAUUCCGUCCGACGAAAAACCAGAAGAAGUUCCUUGGAGGAAGCCAAAAGCUCCCCAAAAAGAACUUGUUCCUGAGAAAGUUGAAGAGGUUCCUGUUAAACCCAAAGAAGAACAACAAAUUAAAUCGACCGCUGAAAUGGUUUUGAAAAAAGAAGUGGUAGAAGAAGUCAUCAAAGAAGUUAUUGAAGAAGUACCUCAAGAAGAAGAGAAGGACGUGGUAUUUAAGAAAGAGAUGAAAGUUGAUAUUGUGUCAAAGAAAACCAAAGCUGAAACACAUAAGAAAGUCGUCCAAUUCGAUGAUGAUCGUCCAUUGCCAGAAUUGGAAAUAAUUUCGCAAAAGAGAGUUACGGAGGGUCUCGAUAAAGUUGCUCAAGAUGAAGUUGUAGAAGAAGUAAAAGUUCGAGAAGAUAAAGUGGUUCGAAAAUCGAUUAUCGAUAAAACGGUUGCUGAACUUCAUGCAAAACCGACCAAACCUAAACCACCAAGGUUUGUUAAAAGAGUUGAGCCUGUUGCCGCCGAAAAAGAUAAACCGACGAGAUUAGUUUGUAAAGUGGAAGGUACACCAUUCCCUGAAGUAAAAUGGUAUAAAAAUGAAGUGUUGUUACAACCAAGUGAGAGAGUCAAGACAAUUGUUACCGAGGAUCAAGUAAUAUUGGAAUUUGCGACAGUGCAGCCCCAAGAUGUUGCUAUUUAUUCAUGCAAAGCCACAAACCCAGCAGGAGUGGCCACGUCAACUGCAAAUCUCGUCAUUCUAGAAAAAGAAGAAAGUGGAAUUGCUCCACACUUCACCCAACCUCUUAAGCCUCAAAUCAUAGAAGAGAAGAAAAUCGCAAAACUCGAAUGCGUUGUUGUUGGAAAACCAACUCCCAUGGUGAAAUGGUUUAAACAAGAUAAAGAAAUUAAACCUGAUAGUGCGAAGAAAAUCACGUAUAACCCGGAAACCGGGGUAGCAACUCUCGAGCUUCUCCAACCUACACCUGAAGAUGAAACCAUCUUCAGAGUACAAGCGGAUAAUAAAUUCGGCAAAGCGGAAUGCAGAGCGAAUUUAAUCAUUUCAAAAUCAGUUCAAGUAACUCAACCGGUAGUAAUGCAAGCUCCUAAAAUCACAAGAGCAGUUCCAGCUGUAGUUACUACUCCGAAUAAAGAUAUUGUUCUUGAAGCCGAAUUUGAAGGAACCCCAACUCCUGAAGUUAAAUGGUUCAGGAAUAACACUCCUAUAAAACCUGGUAAAGACUAUGUGGUCACCACUCAAGGCACCAAAACAAAAUUAACCAUCAGCAAACAAACACCGCAGAAACCUGGUAAAUAUGAAGUAAGAGCCGUUAAUCCUAAAGGUGAAGCAAGAUCUUCCGGUUCUGUAUCGGUAACUCAAGAUAAAGAACUUCUACAAACUAAAGCACCUAGAUUUAUCGAACCCAUUCAACCUAAAUUGGUUGCACCGGGUGAAGUUGUUAUUUUAGAAUCGAUCGUCGAAGCACAACCAACGGCUUCUUUCACGUGGUAUAUUCACAAUACUCCAAUUAAAACAUCACCAGAUGUUAGAAUUACCACGAUUGAAAACAAAUCAAUUUUAUAUUUAGGCGACGUUAAACCUGAAUAUACGGGAUCAAUAACUUGUAGAGCGGAAAACGUUGCUGGCUCAGUAACCUGUACUGCUAAUCUAGAAGUAACCGAACACGUAGAAUGGGAAGAAACAACAGAAUUGGAAUAUCCUAGAUUUGUAAAACAACUAUCACCAGUUAGAGUAAUGGACGGUGAAAAAGUCACUUUUACUUGCAAAGUUACUGGAAAGCCAAUUCCAAAAACUGAGUGGUUCCACAACGGUCAACCAGUUCAAGAAGCUAAAGACGUCGUUGUUUAUCAAGACACGGAAGGAGUGUGCAUGUUAUCAAUAAACGAAGUAUUUCCUGAAAACGCUGGCGAGUAUAUCUGUCAAGCUGUUAAUAGAGUUGGAGAAGCAAUCUGCAAAUCGUCCCUCGUUGUUGAAGCUUACGAAUACAUACAGGAUUCUGAAAUUGGAAUCAUGACCGGGCCUAGUGGUUCCGAAGAAGAUUUAUUAGGAGAUAAGACCUUGAGCGAAAUUGACUUCUUCUCAGACAGCGAUGUAGAAUGCGCGCCUAAAAUUACUAAAAAACUACCCGAGAUCAUCUCAACCAAAGAUGGAGAUGUUACUAGAUUGGAAGUAAAAGCCGUUGGCAAACCAAUGCCAAAAGGCAGGUGGUUAAAACAUGGCGAAGAAAUUUUACCAUCAAACGAAUUUAUGAUCGAAAAUUAUGAAGACGGCACCUCGGUGUUAACAAUAUCAGAAGUCUACCCUGAUGACACAGGGGAAAUUAUUUAUGAAGCUCAAAAUCCACUAGGAGUAGCAGUUACGACAACUGAAUUAGUAGUCGAAACAGUCGAAGGUAUCAUUGGAACGAAGGAGUACAGAAAACCAGAAUGGGUCACACAUAUGGAAGAAUUACAAGCUGCUUUAAAAGCCGCCCACAGCGUACCAACUUUCGUUAAGGAAAUCACUAAUGUUCAUACUAAUGAGGAAGAAGUUGUAGAAUUUGAAGCUCUGUUCUCUGGAACGCCAACUCCAGAUAUUAUUUGGUAUCAUAAUGAUAAAAUCAUUCGUAAUACCGAAAAAGUAAAAAUAAAAAUUCACGAUAACAAAACAACAUGUACAAUAACUGGAGUUGAAGUGCAUCACGCUGGAACUUACGUCUGCAAAGCCAUCAGCGAUAUCGGUUUGGCUGUCACCAAAGGAAAACUUUUCGUUAAAGAAAUACCCGAAGAAACGAAAAAAGAAAUAAGAUUAAAGAGGGCACAAGAAGUUGCGGAAAAAGUGAAAAAAGAACGCGUAACCAUCGAGAAGAAACGAGAAGAAAGAAAGAAGAAACGAGGAUCGAUGACGAUGGAGCCCGAACUUGCACCUGUAGACGUAAGCGAAGUUCAAUCAGUUGAAAAAGUCGAAGAAAUUCCCGAGCAACCGAAAGAAGAAGAAAAAGCUCAACCGAUCAUCACGCCACAAGAACCUCUGUCCACCGAAGCCAUCGCCAGUUGCAAAAAGAUUGAUCAAGUCGAAGAAGACAUCGUUCCAAUCAUUGAGGAGAAAGCCGAAAAGAUUAUUCCAUCACAAGAAGCGUUAGAAAUCGCUGAAAUUCAACCUGAAGCUGAAGUAAAAGACCUUAAAGAAAAGAAACCGAAGACGAAAAAGGCAAAACCGGAAACGCAAGAACAAGUAUCCGAAGAAGUUUCCAUAACCGAAGUAAAAUUAGAAGAGGUUAUGAAAAGGGUUGAAGAAAUCAUCAUUUCAGAAGAAAUCAGAAUGGCAAAAGAAGUUUCUGAAGUACUCGAUUUUAUUAGGGUUAAAGAAUUUGGCCCUGGAGAAAAUCCAUUAAGAGAACUUGCAGAAAUUGGGUAUUUGGUUAGAAAUGGAAUAACAGUCAAAGAGAUCAAUGUGCUUUAUCACGAAGAAGAUAAAUUUCCUCAUCUCAAAACACCAACAGCACAAUCGGCGAUGGUUAAUGUAGUCGAAAGGAAAGGAUUAUCUGCAUUAAUUACCGAAGUUAUGACCGCAGAAACUACAAUUGACGAAAAAGUCCUUGCUGAAACUCUAGGAUUUAGAGCUUUCAUGAAGAUGAUCGAACUUAAACACGCCACCGUUGAAGAAGUUAUCACUCAAUUCGUUCCUGACGACUUUAUCCAAAAAGUUUGGGAAACAACAGAUGUGACAGAGGAAACACUGAAAGGGGUUACCGAAACCGUCCGCAUCACUGAAAAGACUGAAGUAUUUAUUGACACAACGAAGAAAACCAAGAAGGUCAAAAUACUAGAUGAAAAACAUGAACUGAUCGCAGUCGAAGAGGACACUGAAAAACCCCUAGCUACCAUUAAACCCGUCGAGCAAUCUGUAACUAUAACCGAAUUGAAACCAGAAGAAGUUACGGAAGUAAGUAAAAAGGUUGUUAAAAAGACAAGAAAAAUUAAACGCGUUAAGAAACCCCAAACCCCAUUUGAAAAAGAAAUUAUCGAAGACGUUGUUGAAGAGUUUAUUGAAGAACAGCCAGAAGAAGCCCCGAAAGAAACUGAAAUUCCAAAGAAGAAAAAAAUUAAGAAGGUUACCACCACAACCUCCGAUAAAGGUGAAGUAACACAAACCGAAGAAUUCGUAGAUGAAGAAGGACCAGAACAAGUUGAAGAAGGUGUCGAAAUUAUUGAGGAACAGCCAAUAGUAACAGUCGAAGAUACAACACAAAAAAUAAUUAAAAAACGUAUUAAAAAAAUUAAAAAACCAGGUAAAAAAGUCGAAGAAAUUGAAGAAAUCAUCGAAGAAAUAAUUGAAGAAGAAAAACCAAAAGAAAUAAAACCAAAAGAGAUAAAAUCAAUUGAAGAAAUAAAACCAAUCGAAGAAAUCAAAGCAGAGAAACCCAAGAAGAAGAAAAUAAGAAAAGUACGGCGUAAAAAUGAUAAAGGAGAAGUUGUUGAAACUGAAGAAAUUAUUGACGAUAAAGGACCAAUUGAAGAACAACCUGAAAAAUAUGUUCAAAUUAUUGAGGAAAAACCUAUAGUGACAGUUGAUGAAACUAAACAAACAACAAUCGUAAAGAAAAUUAAAAAAAUACGCAAGCCCGGAAGAAAAGAAGAAACAGAAGAAAUUAUAGAAAUAAUUGAGGAAGAAAUUCCAGAAGAAAAGAAACCUAUUGAGGAAGAAAAACCUAAAAAACCAAGAAGAUCACGAUGGGGACGAGAAGAGGUUGAGGAAAUAGUUGAAACAAAAAUCAUUGAGGAAGUUAAGAAACCAGAAGAAAUUAAACCUGAAGAAGAAAAGCCUAAGAAACCCAAAAAGUCUCGUUGGGGACGGGAAGAGGUUGAGGAAAUAGUUGAAACGAAAAUUGUUGAAGAAGUUAAGAAACCAGAAGAAAUACCUGAAGAAGAAAAGCCUAAGAAACCCAAAAAGUCUCGUUGGGGACGGGAAGAGGUUGAGGAAAUAGUUGAAACGAAAAUUGUUGAGGAAGUUAAGAAACCAGAGGAAAUUAAACCUGAAGAAGAAAAGCCUAAAAAACCCCGAAAAUCACGUUGGGGACGUGAAGAGCUUGAGGAAAUAGUUGAAACGAAAAUUGUUGAAGAAGUUAAGAAACCAGAGGAAAUUAAACCUGAAGAAGAAAAACCUAAGAAACCCAAAAAGUCUCGUUGGGGACGGGAAGAGGUUGAGGAAAUAGUUGAAACAAAAAUUGUUGAGGAAGUUAAGAAACCAGAGGAAAUUAAACCGAUUGAAGUUAUAAAAGAAAUUAUAGAAAUACCUGAAGAAAUUAUCGAAGAAAAGAAAGUGCGUAGGAAGAGAAUUAAAAAGAUUAAACGUAAAGAUGAUAAAGGUGUUGAAACAGAAGAGAUAGUUGAAGAUGAAGGACCAACACCCAUUGAAGAGAAACCUGAAGAAGGUGUUGAAAUUAUUGAGGAAAAGCCUGUUGUGACUGUUGAGGAAAAUAAACAAACAACAAUAAUAAAAAAGACAAAGAAAAUAAGGAAACCAGGUAAAAAGGAAGUUGUAGAGGAAAUUAUCGAAAUUAUAGAAGAAGAAAAACCUGUCGAAGAAAAGAAACCUGUCGAAGAAGAAAAACCAAAGAAACCUCAAAAAUCCCGUUGGAGACGCGAUGAAGUAGAAGAAGUUGUUGAAACAAAAAUAAUCGAGGAGAUUAUAAAAGACGAAGAAAAACCAAAAGUAAUAGAAAAAGUAACACAGGAUAUUAAAGAAUCUGUAAUUGUAAAGAAAACAGUUAAAAAGGUAAAACGUCGUGGUGAUAAAGGAGAAAUUAUUGAAACUGAAGAAAUAGUUGAAGAAGAAAAACCUGAAGUUGUUCAACCUGAAGAAGGCGUGCAAAUCACAGAAAUAGUUGAGGAAAUUCCUGAAUUUAAACCUAUACAAGUCAAACCUAUUGAACAAAUCGAAGAGUUUAAACAAACUGUUGAUAAAGUCGAAGAUAUAAAAACGAUAAGAAAGAAAGUAAAGAAAGUUAGACGCCUUGGAAAUAAAGGCGAAAUGAUUGAAACGGAAGAGAUUGUAGAAGAAGAAAAACCAACAGUAACAGAAGAAAAACUUGAAAUAACCGAAUUAAUUGAAGAACUUCCAGAAGAAAAACCUGAAAAGAUUAAACCAUUAGAAUUAAUCGAAGAAAUAAAACCUAUUGAGAAAGUAGAAGAAACAAUUACUACAGCAGUGACAAAAAAGGUAAGAAAAGUUAAAAAGCGUGGUGAUAAAGGCGAAAUCAUUGAAACCGAAGAAGUUAUCGAAGAAGAAGAAAAGAAACCUAUUCAAGAAAUAGAAGAAACAACACGAACAAUAAUUAAAAAGCAAAGGAAAGGUAAAGGUGAAAAAGAAGAAAUAACAGAAACAAAAAUUGAGGAAAUUUCCAAACCCAAGAAAAAAGUUCAAAUCGAAGAAGUCGUAGAAAUUAUUGAAGAAGGUGGAGAAAAAACAGUAGUUAAGAAGGUAAUUAAAGCGAAACGUCCGGAUGAAGAUGAAGAAAUAAUUGAUGAAGGAGAUUUAGGAGUGGUUAAACCAUCAAAAUUCCCCACUGAAAGAGAAAUUCCUUUCCAUACAUCUUCCACCACUUAUGAAACUGUUGGCACAUCUAGAGUAACACAAAUUAUAGCCGGUAAAGAAACUGAAUGUACAGGUACAGUCAAUUUAUCGCCUUAUACACCAUUAACGGAAGAAGAAACGGUAACGAGCGAAAAAGAGGAGUUUAAAACAGAUAUGAAACCCACAACGCAAAAAGCUAGCACCACAAUGGAAUUGUUAGAAACUUUACAAGUAUCAGAACAAAACACCGAAACUGUUCCAGGAAUAUUCGAUGUUAAAUUUAAACCAGCAUCAUAUAAAGCUACUAAAAAUCUGCAAAUAACCGAAAGUAUAACUACAAGUGAAGUACAAUCAUCUGAUUCAACACAAAAAAUCACACCUGAAGAAAGACAAAAAGAUUCAGCUUCGGUAUAUAUUCUACCUGAAACUGCAAAAUCAAUUUCAAUAAUACAACCAGCACAAAAAGAAAAAGAAUUUGAAGAAGCUCCAACGCCAAAAUCAGUUCAAGCUACCACAGGAUACACAACUAAAGAAAGCAUUGUAAUUGAAGAAGUUACAGGAGCGGUUAGUGAGGACACUUUAGAUGUAUCACGUCCUACAGCGGCUCUCCCAAAAAUGGAUAUAAGUCCAGUUGAAUCAAUAAUGGUUGAAGAAGUUGUUUCUGGGACUCAAGAAGGACCGUAUGUCCCUGGUUCCUUUGGACCACUAGAAAAAGAAAUACCCCUUCAAACACCAACAAUUACAGCAGAAGCUUUAUCAACCGGACAAGUUAGUCAAAUCUUUACAGAAACUCCAGAAAAAAGCUCAGGUACAAUGACGGUUAUAUCACAUACGGCAAUCACAAAACAAGAAACAACAAGUAUGGAACAAGGGGAAGAACAUGAAACGUUAAAAUCUAAAACAUACACAGCUACUAAAACCAUCGAUCUUAAAGACAGCUUGCAAGUGUCAGAAGAAAUGAUUAACGCAACUCCAGGGAUUUUCGAUAAAAAAUUCGCACCUACUACAUACAAAGCAACUACCGAUUUAGAAACUGUAGAAGGUGUAUCAAUAAGUGAAGUAGAAUCUUCGACCGCACCUAAACAAUUUAUACAAGAAGAAACUAAACAAGAUACUGCAAUGUUAACGGUAUUACCGCAAGAAGCUAAAUCAAUAACUGAAACAAUCCCAUCUCAAAAAGAAAGUGAUUUCGAUAAAUUUACUUCACCAAUAGGUUUUCAAGCUGAUACAAAAUACACCACCACAGAAAGCGUGGCUGUUCAAGAAACUCGUGAGUUUAGAUCAGAAACUAAACUUGAUGUAGUAAAACCAGUUGAAGCUCAAUCAGAUAUUAAUAUCGAUUCAGUUCACUCUUUAACAAUACAAGAGGUUGUUCCUGAAAGAACGUCACAAAAAUUCGAAUCUGCUCCAAUGAUUCCUGGAGAAAAGCAAAUACCAUUAAGAACCCCUUCUGAAGUAACUGAGAUUAUCUCAGAAAGGCACUUAACAAGGAUAGGUUCAGGAAAAAUAGAAGAAGAAAAAGGAAUUAUUGAUUUAUUACCAUUAACCGCGUUAACAAACAUUGAAACCAUAUCUAAUGAAAAAGAAGAAUUUAAAGAAGAAAUAAAGCCUACUACUCACACCGCAGAUAAAACUAUCGAUUCAAUAGAAACCUUCCAAGUUUCAGAGCAAACUAUUCAAGCUCUCCCUGGAAUCUUUGACAAAGAAUUUAAACCAACUUCCGCAACAGCGACGAAAAAUGUUGAAGUUACUGAAACAAUUUCAGUUAGUGUAGUCGAAAGUAACGAUGUGCCAUUAGAUAUUCUUGAAAGUAAACCAAAAACUGAUACUGCCAGCGUAACGCUUUCCCCACAAGAAGCAAAAUUCAUAUCUGAAACAGAUGUCCAACAAAAAGAGACGGAAUUUGAUGAAUUCAAAGUACCAAAAGGUGUUACUGCGAAUACGAGCUUUACCACCAAAGAAGGUGUCACAAUAGAGGAAGUGACGGAAAAUACUUUCGAAAGUAAAUUUGAAGAAACUAAACCUGUAUCAGCAAAACCUAAAGUAGACAUAAGUAGUUACGAAUCCCUUCAAGUUGAAGAAACAUUAAGUGAGACUAAACCAGGAAAACAUUUACCUGAAGCUUUUGUACCAACUGAAGUAGCUCGUAAAACGAUUAUUCCGCAACACCAAGUGACGUAUUCUGAGUUAGUAGCUCCAGAACGUGAAGGAACUUUCACGCCUGGACGAUUACCUGCAGGUCAAAUAGCUGAAAUUGAUUUAGCUACCGGCGAAAGUGUAAUUGUACAAGAAACGCAGUUACAAGAUAAAGAAGAUGUAUUCGAUGAGAAACCACAACCAGCUAAAUCAACAGCUACUGCAGACUUUGUAACAUCAGAAGGAGUGCUAGUAACUGGAGUCGAUUAUCAAACCCAGCAGAAAGACGUAACAACCGAAGAAACAGUACAUGAAAUAGCCACAGUUGAUAUUUUAACUAAAGAAUCAGUGAUUACCUCACAAACAUUAGUAACUGAAAGUGACAAGGAAUUUAUGCCGGAAGAUCGACCAGAAAGUCGUCAGGCUGACACUUUAAUUACAUGUUUAGACAUAACCGAUCAAACAACGGUAUUAUUACAAGAAGCUGAAGGUGAAUUUAUCCCUGAUAAGAAACCUUCACACGCAAUAGCCGAGAGUUCAAUAAAACCAAAAGAACCUAUUAAUAUAGAAGAGGUGCAAACGUCAGAUUUUCCAUCAGAAUUCACUGACAAAUUAUCAUACCGAACAGAAGAAGCUUCAAAAAUAAUACAGUCACACGAAGCUCAAGAAGUAACAAUAACUCAAACAGCCGACAAAGAAUCUACAUACACCGAAGUUGAGCAAACUUCUCAAGUGGUUAGUACCACUUAUACAGAUUCACAAAUCGAAAUAGAAGUUACAGAACAAGAAAAGAUGGAAAAAGAAUCCGAUUUGAGACCGUUUGAGCUUCCUGACUCUUUCAAAGGGAAACAAAUUCCAACUCAUCUUCUUCCAACUAGCAUCGUAGAAGAAGUACAACCCAGUAGCGUGACACAAACGCUUACUGAUGAAACACAACUUGGCGUAAAAGCCGAAAAAACACAAUCUACUCUUGAAGAAACAACAAUUACUGAAACUAUUAUUGCGGAAGGUGUUUUAAAAUACGACACUGAAAAGCCAGAGGGAAAAACUGCUGAUUUAAAAAUUGAUGAAAUACAAACCAUCAAUGUAAGUGAAAUACUUACCGAUGAAAAAGAAAAAUUAUAUGUACCUGGUGAGUUACCAGAACAACAACAAGCAAAUAAAAACAUAGAAGGUCAAGUAAUAGCUAGUACAACUGAAGUUGUAUCAAAUUUAUUACCCGAUACUCUUCCUGAAGAUAAGCCGAUUACAGCGCAAGCUAGGUCAGAACAAACAACAAUGGAAGGUAUUGAAAUAAUUGAAUUAGAAACAGGCGAGAAAGAAAAGGAGGAUAUUCUAACGAUUCUCCCAGACACUCAAAUAGCACAACUUGAUCUCACCGAAGGAAACAUAAUUAAACAAAUAUCGGAAAUUGUGACUCAUGAGAAAGAAAUAUUAUUAACACCCGAAUUAACACCGCAGGGAGUUUUAGCAGCAUCAGGUAUUCAAACGCAAGAAGUAAUAAGUAAAAUGAUUCAUGAAGCAGUAGUUCACGCUGAAACAUUAGAACAACCCGAAAUAGUCACCGGAAAAGCUAAAAAAUACGCAAGACCUCUACAAGAACUUAUCGUCACAGAAUCCAACGUUACUGAUAUUGAAAAAGAACUUCCCGCCGAUCUUGUGCCUGAUAAAAAAUUAGCUAACAUUGACAUCUUACCUAUUUCUGGAUUAUCAGUCACUGAAACUGUGACAAGCGAAAAAGAUGAAAUCUUAAAACCAGAAGAUAAACCAGAAGGAAAAAUUGCUGACACAAACAUAUCUUCAAGAGAAGUUGCAAUUAAAGAGGAAGUAUUACCAAGUGGAAAUGUAGGUACUUUUACAAAGGAAAUUCCAGAAUCUGAUGUGGCUCAAAGUCAACAAGAUUUACACCAUCAUAUGACAAAAACAGAAUUAACCAUAGGUGAAAAGGAGGAUGAUCAUCCUGCUUUUAUAAAACCAGAUGAAAAGCAAAGUUCGGUUAUGUUUGAAGAGGGACAAAGUAUUAAUGUUAUAGAAACACAAACUGUAGAUAAAGAAAAGCCACUUGAAGAACUCGUUCGUCCAGAAGAAGCUCAAGGAAAACCUGACAUUAGUUCCCAUCAAGUAGCAAGCAAAUCACUAAUUAUCGCUGAUGAUACAACCGCUGUGUUUAAAGAAACACCAACACAACAGACCACCGCUGAAUCCACUAGAGAUUUAUUAGAAUCUGUUGUAAGAAGUGAUUUAUUAAUAACAGAAAAAGAAGGAACAUUUGAUGAAGUUGUUGUGGAUAUGAAAACAGCUUCCGCAGAUAUUCUACUUGGUGAAGAAAUUGCUGUAACAUCAAUAGUAGCUGCGGAAAGUGAAAAGUUAUUUACUGAAGAAAAGCCGGAAACCAAACAAGCUGAAUCUGAUAUCUUACCGCACACUAGUGCUCAAAUACAUGAAACUGAAGUAAGCGACGAUUUGGCUGAUGUUGGAAGAGAAUCUCCAACCAAAGCUGAAGCGAUAAUAGGAUUAUCAGAGUUAGUAAGUGUUGAGCAUCUUCAGACUACUGCAGGAGAGGUUGAAUCUGAAUUCCUAUCAGACGUCAAACCUGAUACAAAAACGGCCAAAAUAGAAUUCGAAGAAAAAAUUUCUUCGACUAUCGGUGAAGUUACACCACAAGAUAAAGAAGAUAUUUACACAGCAGAGCAAACACCAGAAGGAAAAACAGCAACGAGAACUAUCCUUUCUCAACAAGUAGCUGAAACAACAUUAACAAUCUCUGAUACAUCAUUAGGAAAAGCUGAAGAGAUUCAAUUUACAAGUUACCAAGCUAACGUUGAACAAACAACAAUUGAAGGUAUAACUCAAUCAGUGCCUUUAGUUAGUGAAUCAGAAAAACCAUUAGAAGAACUAGUACCUGAUAAGAAAACAGUUAAUAUCGAUUUCGAGGAGGGACAAAGCGUCACUAUCACGGAAGUCACCAGUGGUGAUGUCGAAGGUGAUUAUAGAGGUGAUGAAAAACCUAUUUUUGAGCAAGCACAAAUGGAUAUAAGGGAAAUUAAACAUUUACAGCAAACGGAAGUCAUUUCUAAUGAUGUUCCGGAAAUGUUAAAAAUAGAUCAACCAACAACCGCUGAGGCACAAUCGGAUAUUUCUUCUCUUUCUAUUGUUAUGUCAACAGAAAUUCAAACGUCUGAACUUGAAGGUGAUAUGUCAGAAACAGCGAAACCUGACACUAAAAAGGCUACUGUUGAAUUCGACGUAGAUAAGAGUGUUAUAGUAGAAUCUGUUAUCACUCAAGAAAGUGAAAUUGGACUAAAACCGGAUGAAAAACCUGAAACAAGACAACCAACUAGUGAUAUUAUUGAUUUAAAUCCGGUUGCGACAAAAUAUGAAAUAAUUUCUAAUUUAACUACUGAUUCAUUCAUCGAAAGUAAACCUACCGAAGCGCAAGCUGAAAAGCUUCAAUCUCCACAUGAAACUCUCCAACAAUCUCAAGUAAUCGCAGCAGAAAACGAAUAUGAACUUCCCGAAAAAGAGAAAUUACCCAUGUCUUCUGCAGAAAUAAACAUACAAGAACAACAAAGUACAAUAGUUUCAAAAGUAAUCACAGGUGAUUCUGAGGAUACCUUCAAAUCUGCCGUGUUACCUCAAGAACAAGCAGCUUCUAUUGGAGUUGAUAUUGUUCAACAAGUCGUUCAACAAGAAAAAACUCUAACUUCAGAAUCAUUAUCUCAAUUGGAUAUUAUUACUCCUAAAUCGGAUACAGGAAAGCAUAUUCAAGACGUUUUGAGUACACUCACCGUUUCACAAAAUAUAGUUCAAGAAAAAGAGAGCGAAUUUAGUGAAGAAUUCCGACCGGAAACAUUCGAUGCCAAACUUAAUGUUGAACAAGGAAAAUCAGUUCAAAGUGUAACGGAAAUCAUCACACAAGAAACAGAGGAAAAAUUCGAUGUUACUCAACCUGAAGAUAAAACGGCCCUUCCAAACGUUGAUGGCUUAGAAGUGGCUGAGCAUUUAGAACUUCUUAUACAAGAUUAUCCUGGAGACCACACCGCGAAAGUACUUGAUGUAUCAACUGCAAAUCUUCAACUUUCUUCUUUCGAAAGUAUAACUCAAAUCCAACCAAUCAUCAGAGAAACCGAAAGCGAAUAUAUUACUGAAUUGAAAGCGGUUACAAAAUCCGCUGACGUCUUAAUUGAAGAAAUUAAAGGCGUCAGUGUAUCUGAAGUAUUACCAGCUGACCACGAAACCAUAUUCGAAUCUGCACUUCUUCCUGAUCAAGUAAAAGCGAUACCUGAUAUUACUGGAAGUAAAAUUGCGGAAACUGUAGAAACAUUAACGUCAAUGUCAACCGCUGAUUUAACUCCUCAAAUUCCUACUGAAGCUAAAGCAGAAAAAACGUUAGACGAACUUCAAAGUAUUAUUCAAACAGUCAUCAAAACAACUGAAACAGAACAAGAUUUCGAUGAAAAAUUCGAACCAGUCUCAAAACGAGCAGAACACAACAUCGAAGAAAUGAGCAGCAUUGUAAUCACAGAAACUCAUUCUUCAGCAAAUGAAGAAUCUAUGGAAGAAUUUACUCCAAAGUCACAACAGGCAACCACCGAUGUUAAUCUUUUAGAAACUGUGGAAAAGUCAGAAGUCGUGCCAAGUGAUUCGUUCGUUGAUUACGUUACAGAAGAAAAACCAACAACCUCCGCAAAUAUCGUUCAAGAUACUUUAGAAGGACUAAUAAGAAAUGAAGAAACAAUUCACGAAAGUGAAGGGCUGUUUACAGAAAAAUUAACGUUAGAUACAAAAACAGCAAAUGUAGACAUUGAAGAAACAAAAUCAGUUACAAUCACUGUCACUAUAGGCGAAGAAAAAGAAAAAGAAAUCCUCGAAAAAUUCGAAGUUGACAAAAAAAUCGCGUUUACAGAUAUAAUUCCUCAAGAGACAAUACAAAAAUUCGAAAUUGAAUCUCAUUUGGGGCUAGAUGAUUUCAAAAAACCAACGGUUCAAGAGGAACUUGCCGAAAUCACUCAAAGUAAGUUAGAUAGUAUAGAAACUAAACAAGUUGUAGUAGCGGAAUCGGAAAAGGCAUUCGAGACUGUUCCUGUAGAUUCCAAACAAGCUCACCGAGAUAUUUUACCAGAGGAACACAUAAGCAUUAUUGAAACUACUAUACACACAAAGGAAGACGACUUUAAAAAAGUAGAGUUACCUGACACUUCAUCGGCAACAGAAAAACUACUUCCUCACGAAACUCUUACAUUAACCGAAACACUAGUAUCUGAAGACGUACAAGAAUACCAAUACGACAAACCAAAAGAAUCUUUAGGAGAAACAACACAAACACCAUUUGAAUCUGUUGAAAUCACUGAACAAACUGUUACUGAGAAGGAGGCUGUACUUCUACCAUAUUCCAAACCAACAGGACAAACGGUUUCUGUUGACUUGGAACAAGCUCAAAAGGCAGCCAUAGUCAUUGAAACCUUAACAGAACAAAAAGAGGACACGUUUUCACCAGAUCAAAUUAAAGACAAUACUGCCGACUUUACAAUUACCGACACACAGGUUGCACAAAAAGGUAUUAUUGAUAUAUUAACAUCAGAAUCAAAUCUAAAAAUUGAAACACAACCACAAACACAAGAAGCCGAAUUAGAAUUCGAACACGGCCAAACGGCCAUCACUGUAAUUGAAACAUUAACAGAAAUGAAAGAAGAUAUAUUUUCUCCGGAAGAUAUCAAAAAAGAUAAAGCUGGUUUUAGUGUGUCGGAUCAAACCGUAGCAGAGAAAGUGCUAACUGAAAUUUUAGCGUCAGAAUCCGAAUUUAAACCAGACGUUAAACCUGAUACGCAAUUAGCUGAAGUAGAUUUGGAAAAUGCUCAAGAAGCAGUUACAAUAACCGAAAUAUUAAGUGAAUCUAGGGAGGAUGAUUUUAAACCGGAUGAGGUCAAAAAAGAUUUGGCCAACUUCCGUAUUACGGAGCAAACUGUUGCUCAACAAGGUGUUACUCAGGUUUUAUCAUCUGAAACGGAAUUCAAACCCGACACACUUCCUUCAUCUCAAAGCGCCGACGUUGACCUAGAAGAAAGUGAAAAAGCGUUAACAAUCACAGAAAUUUUAACGGAAAUGAAAGAAGACGAAUUCCUCCCCAAAGAAAUUAAAAGUGAUUUAGCUGAGUUUAGCGUUAUGGAUCAAACAGUUGCUGAAAAAGUUUUAACCGAAGUGCUAUCAUCGGAAACAAUUUUACCAUCAGAUAUAAAACCAACAACCCAAACAGCAGAUUUUGAUUUAGAAAAGGGUCAAGCUGCUGCAACGAUAACUGAAACUUUAACGGAAUUAAAAGAAGACACGUUCACUCCGGAAAGUGUUAGGACGGAUGUCGCUGGCUUUAGUAUCACAGAACAAGUAGCUCCGCAAAAUAUACUAACUGAAUUAUUGAGUUCUGAAACUGAAUUUAAAUCUGAAGCUAAACCAACCAUACAAAUCGCUGAAGCUGAUAUGGUAAAACCACAAAAAGCUUUAACAAUAACUGAAACAUUAACAGAAAUGAAAGAAGACACCUUCACCACGGAUGGCAUCAAAAAAGAAUCAGCAUCUUUAAGCAUAACGGAAAGGACAGUUGCCCAAAAAGACGUCACAGAAAUUUUAACGUCCGAAACAACUUUAAAACCCGACGCAAAGACCGUAUCUCAAACUGCUGAUGUUGACGUAGAAAAGGGUCAAAAAGCAGUUACAAUAACAGAAAUCUUAACGGAUGUUAAAGAGGAUGUUUUUAGCCCGGAAGAUAUAAAGAAAGAAUCUGCGACUUUUAAUAUCACAGAGCAAACUGUAGCUCAAAAAGAUGUAAUCGAAAUUCUUACAGCAGAAACAGAAUUAAAACCAGAUUCUAAACCUACAUCUCAAACCGCUGAAAUCGACCUAGAAAAAGGACAAAAAGCUGUUAUUAUAACAGAAACAAUCACAGAGCAUAAAGAAGAUUUGUUUAAACCCGAGGAAAUUACACCAGAUUCAAUCGGAUUUAGCAUUAUUGAACAAGUUGUCGCACAACAAGAUGUAACCGAAAUUCUUUCGUCUGAAACCGAUUUAAAACCGGAUACUAAACCAAUACAACAAACAGCUGGGGUCGAUUUAGAAGGUGGUAAAAAAGCUGUAACUAUUACAGAAACAAUCGGUGAAACCAAAGAAGAUGAUUUCACUCCUGAUAGCAUCAAAAAAGAUUCGGCUAAUUUAACAUUUACCGAUCAAACUGUAGCGCAAAAAGUAAUAACUGAAAUACUUACCUCAGAAACAGAUUUUAAAUCAGAAGUAGCGCCCGUUUUCCAAACGGCCGAUAUUGAACAGGAAGCGGCACAAAAAGCUCUAACAAUCACGGAAACUAUAUCUGAAAUCAAAGAAGAUAAAUUUACUCCACAUGAUGUUAAAAAAGAUAUCGCAGAUGUAAGCAUUAUAGAUCAAACGGUUGCCGAAAAGACCACAACUGAACUUUUAACAACGGAAGGUGACUUUAAACCAGAUUUGAAACCGAUUACACAAGUCGCAGAUGUUGAUUUAGAAAAAGCCCAAAGAGCUUUACAGGUAACUGUAGUUUCAUCAGAACUCAAUCAAGAUAUUUUCUCUCCUGAAGACGUUAAAUCUGAUACAGCUACUUUCAGCGUGAUGCAGCAAACAGUUGCGCAAAACGUCGUAACUGAAACACUAACAUCAGAAACUGAAUUUAAAUCUGACUUAAAACCUAUAACGGGAAUCGCAGAAGUUGAUUUAGAAAAAGGGCAAAAAGCUAUGGUUGUAACAGAAACUGUUACUGAAGUUAAGGAAGAAUCAUUUAAACCGGAAGAAGUUAAAAAGGAUUCAGCUAGUAUGACAAUUUCUGAAAGAACAGUUGUUGAAACAAUGCUCACCCAAUUAUUAACGUCAGAAUCGAGUUUGAAGGCUGAUGCUAAACCUACAACACAAACAGCUGAAGUUGAUUUAGAAAAAGGCCAAAAAGCACUUGUAAUUUCCGAGACAAUUACAGAAUACAAAGAAGAAACUUUCAAACCAGAAGAUGUUAAAGAAGAUUUAGCCAAUUUGGCUAUUUUAGAAAAAAAUGUUGCCGAAAAAGAACUUACGGAAAUAUUAACUUUAGAAUCAGAAUUAAGACCUGAUAUAAAACCAAGUGCCCAAACAGCAGAUGUGGAUGUGGAAAAAGGCCAAAAAGCAGUGGUGAUAUCUGAAACAGUAACGGAAGUCAAAGAAGAAGAAUUUAUACCCGGGGAUGUCAAACCUGAUUCUGCGAACUUAGGAAUUUUCGAACAAACCGUUGCUCAAAUGACUCUUACUGAAACGUUUACCGCAGAAAACGAAUUAAAACCGGAUUCGAAACCAACCGCGCAAGUUGCAGAUAUUGAUUUAGAAAAAGGACAAAAAGCAGUUGAAGUGUCUGAAAUUGUAACGGAAAUAAAAGAAGAAACAUUCAAGCCAGAAGAUGUUAAAAAGGAUUUAGCAGGAAUGGUCGUAUCUGAGCAAACUGUAGCUCAAAACAUUUUGACCGAAACAUUUGUUACAGAAUCCGAACUAAAACCCGAUUCAAAACCAUCUACACAAAUAGCUGAUGUAGAUUUAGAGAAAGGGCAAAAAGCUGUUAUCAUAUCAGAAAUUGUAACGGAAAUAAAAGAAGAAACAUUCAAGCCAGAAGAUGUUAAAAAGGAUUUAGCAGGAAUGGUCAUUUCUGAGCAAACUGUGGCUCAAAACAUUUUGACCGAAACAUUAGUUACAGAAUCGGAACUAAAACCCGAUUCAAAACCAUCUACACAAAUAGCUGAUGUAGAUUUAGAAAAAGGACAAAAAGCUGUUAUUAUCUCAGAAAUUGUGACGGAAAUUAAAGAAGAAACAUUUAAACCUGAUGAUGUUAAAAAGGAUUUAGCUGGAAUGACUAUUUCUGAGCAAACUGUGGCUCAAAAUAUUUUGACCGAAAUUUUAAGCUCUGAAAUGGAAUUGAAACCCGAUGUUAAACCAACAACGCAAGUCGUAGAUAUCGAUUUGGAGAAAGGUCAAAAAGCCAUUACUAUCAGUGAAACCAUUACCGAAAUAAAAGAAGAAACAUUUAAAUCUGAUGAUGCUAAAACAGAUUCUGCAAGCUUUACAAUUACUGAGCAAAUAGUUCCCGAGAAAGCAUUAAUCGAUACAUUUACUCAUGAAAGCGAAUUCACGCCUGAUAAAUUCCCAACUUCACAAAUAGCUGAUUUUGAUAUGGAAAAAGGACAAAGUGCUGUCACCGUUACGGAAACCAUCACAGAAAUUAAGGAGGAGACUUUUAGUCCUGGUGAAGUCAAACCAGAUACUGCUGUAUUUAGUGUAACUGAAAAAUUAGUACCACAAAAAAGUUUAGAUGAAAUUUUAUCAUCAGAAACAGAACUAAAACCUGAUGAUGUACCUACAAAACAAACUGCCGACAUUGAUCUUGAAAAAGCACAAAAGGCUGUAACAAUUACUGAAACGGUUACAGAAACCAAAGAAAAAGAAUUUAUAUCGGAGGAUAUUAAAAAAGAUUUAGCAAGUAUAACAAUAGCGGAUCAGAAAGUAGCGGAAAAAACGGUUAGUGAAUUACUUCUAUCCGAAACAGAAUUCAAACCCGAUGUUCAACCCACAUCUCAAGUUGCUGAAAUAGAUCUUGAAAAAGGCCAAGAAGUUGUAACAAUUACGCAAACACUUACUGAUCAAAAAGAAGAAACUUUCAAACCUCAAGAUAUCACAAAAGAUGUGGCAACGCUGAAUAUUACCGAUCAAACUGUUGCUGAAAAAGGUUUAGUUGAAUCUUUAACAACCACAGAUGAAUUAAAACUUGCUAUUAUUCCUACGACACAAGUUGCGGAGUUUGAUUUAGAAAAGGGGCAAAAAGUUGUCACCGUUACAGAAACAUUAGUCGAACAAAAAGAGGAAACGUUUAAAUCUGAAACCACCAAAGAAGACUCCGCCACGUUUAGCAUUACGGAUCAAACUGUUGCUAUGAAAGAUGUUACUGAAACAUUACUAUUUGAAAGCGAUUUGGAAGAGGAUGUUAAACCAAUUACACAAAAAGGAUCAAUUGAUAUAGAAAAAGGUCAGCUUAUCGCAAGUGUAAUUGAAACAAUAACAGAACAAAAGGAAGAUACAUUUAAACCAGAUGUAGUCAUAAAAGAUCUGGCUGAUGUUAAAAUAACCGAUCAAACAGUGGCUCAAAAAGAUAUUAUUGAUGUGCUUUCAACAACGAGCGAAUUUGUUAGUGAAGAAAUACCCUCUAAAAAGAAAGCAACCCCAAAGAGGUCACCAUUGGAAAGCUUAGAACAAACAGUCACCACCACUGAAGAAAAAGAAGGAGAAUAUGUAGUAUUAAAAGAAGAAACUCACGAAGCUAAAUUAGAUAUUACAUUACAUGAAGGUGUUAAAGUUACUCAAGUAUACACUGAAGAAACUGAAUCGGAAACUGUCUUGAAAGGUAUAGCUGAAGAUAAAACAGCUACUUCUGAUAUAGUUCCUAAACAUAUUGGAUUAAUUGAGGAGACUCUAUCAUUAUUUGCACCAGAUACCUUGUCAAAAGACAAACCUAUAGGUACCACAGCUAGCUCGGAAAUAAUUCCAACACUAGCUGCCAUGAAAGAAGAAAACAUCGCUUUCUUUAUUCCCGAUGACUUCUCCGAGAAGAAACCGAGGAUGACGGAAGCAAGAAGUGGUGAACUGCGCAUUCAACACGAGGUUAUAGUUACAGAACAAAGGUCGACGGGUGAUAUGCGAGUUGUUGAGCCCCUGGACACGCCCACCGUGCAAGCGAAAACUGUAACCGUGGACGACAAAACCGAGCACGCGACACUAAUCGAGGUCCUGCCCCACGAAGGUCCCGAAGGUGAAUUGGAUGACCUUGCAAUACACACCACACGAGCCAAACUUACUACACAGUCCACCAUCACACCAGAUGAAACCGUCACAGUACUCGAAACUAUCACCAGAGACGACACACAAACGAAAUCCGAACAAGAAGAUACGCGCGAGGAAAUCAUCACCAAAUUCAAAUCUGUGCCGGGUGGUGAAGCCGCGAAGGUCGUUACAAAACGUACAAUCAUCAAGAAAAAGAAAGGUGACACCGGUGAUGUCAUCAUCGAUGAAGUUAUUGAAGAAACUGGGUCCAAAAAGAGUCCACUCGACGAGGACUCAAUCACCAUUAGUGAAGUUACUGAAGAGGUUCCCCUCGAAGAUGCAGUUCCAUAUACUGUAGAAGAAAUGCCCGAAGAGGUCCAAGUCACUAAGGUGGAAACCGAAGAAGGACCCAAAACACACAUAACUAAAAAACGAAUCAUCAAAAAACGUAAAGGUAAGAAAGAAGAAACAACGGAAAUCGUUACCUCCGAGGAGGAAGGUAAAGAACCCGUCACUAAGGUCACCGUUCAAGAAAUUGAACUCACAGACGAACAAGUACUCGACUUACCAAAAAUAAAACCGACAAAAGCAAAACCCGUUGAAGAACUCCCAGAAGAAGUGACAAUUACCAAGGUGAUCACCGAGGAGGGCCCUACCACAGAAAUAACAAAGAAAAAAAGAGUUAUCAAGAAGCAAAAAGGAGGAAAGGUGGAAACCACAGAAAUAGUUACGAUUGAGGAAGAAGGAAAAGCACCAGAAACCACAGUGGUAACGAAAGAAGAAGAUAUUACUGAGCUUAUUUCGCGUAAACCCAAAUCGGUGAAAGCAAAAUUAAUUGAAGAACCAGUUGAAAAAGUUAAAGUCACUGAGGUGACUACCGAAGAAGGACCAACUAUUGAAGUUACAAAGAAAACUAAAAUUGUUAAAAAACCGAAAGAGAUUACUAAGCCAGAAGAAGAAAAACCUAUUGUAGUAGAAGAACUCCCAGAGCAAAUCGAAACGAUUGAAAUUAUUGAUGAAAUUGGAAAACCAAAAGAAAUCAAAAAGAAGAAACGCGUUAUUAAAAAGAGAGUAGGAGAUGUGGUUGAAACCACAGAAAUUGUUACGACGAAAGAAGAAGGGAAACAACCAGAAACUACAAUAGUUGUCAAAGAAACACCUUUUAAAGAAGAAGAACCAACCGUUAUUCAAGAAUUACCAGAGGAAAUUACAGUGACAAAAGUAACAACAAAAGAGGGUCCUAAGGAAGUUACUAAAAAGAAACGUGUUAUCAAAAAGAAAAAGGGUGAUACUGUAGAAACUACGGAAAUUCUAACCGUUGAAGAAGAAGGUAAAGCCCCAGAAACUACCAUGACUGUUGAUGAAAAAAUAGGAGAACUUCCUGAAUUGAUACCAGAAAAAGCACAACCCAUAAUUGAAGAAUUACCCGAACAAAUUGAAAUCAAAAAGGUGUUAACAACAGAAGGUACAAAACAGAUUACCAAAAAGAAACGGGUAAUAAAGAAGAAAAAAGGCGACAAAGUAGAAACUACAGAGAUUGUUACUGUUGAAGAAGAAGGUAAGAAACCUCAAACGACAAUAACUGUACAAGAAAUUCCGGAAGAAACAAAGCCAGAAGUGAUUGAAGAAUUUCCAGAAGAAGUUGAAAUUUUAACAACUACCACAGACGAAGGUAAACCUCAAGAAAUCACAAAGAAAAAGAGAGUAAUCAAGAAGAAGAAAGGUGGUAAAGUCGAAACAACUGAAAUUGUAACAAUCGAGGAAGAAGGAAAGAAACCCAAAACCAGUAUAACUGUUGAGGAAGUUCCAGAAGAACAAACAGAAACCCUAACGUUGAAAAAACAUAGACCAAAAAAGCCUGACGUUAUUGAAGAGUUACCGGAAGAAAUCCAAAUCACUAAAGUGAUUACCGAAGAGGGAAAGCCAAAAGAUGUUAUUAAAAAGAAACGGGUUAUUCGUAGAAAGAAAGGCGAUAAGGUAGAAACUACAGAAAUAACAACUGUCGAAGAAGAGGGCAAAAAACCAGAAACAACUGUAACCGUAAAAGAAAUUCCUGAAGAGGACGUAGAAAGUAUUCCAGAAGAAAAAUUGGUGAAACCUACCGUUGUUGAUGAUAUACAAGAAGAAGUUCAAGUUACACAAAUUAUUACUCGUGAGGGUCCAAAAGAAGUGACAAAGAAAAAACGAGUUAUUAAGAAAAAGAAAGGAGAUAAAGUCGAAUCUACCGAAAUAGUUACUGUUCAAGAAGAAGGAAAAGAGCCAGAAACAACAGUAACCAUUCAAGAAGUUCCAUUAGAAGAAAUUGAAAAACCUACCAAGGCAGUCGAAAUUCAAGAAACUGAGCAAGUUGAAGUAACCAAAGUUUUGACAAGAUGGGGUCCAAAAGAAGUGACUAAAAAGAAACGCGUAAUCAGAAAGAAAAAAGAUGGAAAGGUUGAAACGACUGAAAUCUUAACUGUUGAGGAAGAAGGUAAAAAACCUGAAACUACAGUAACUGUUCAAGAACUACCGGAAGAAGAAAUUAAAGAACAUCCAAUAGAAAAGCCUGAUUCUUCUGUUAUUGUCGAAGAAAUGCCCGAAGAAGUCGAAGUUACUCAAAUUACAACACACGAAGGGAAACCAAAAGAUAUUACUAAAAGAAAACGUGUUAUUAAGAAGAAGAAGGGUGGAAAGGUAGAAACAACUGAAAUUGUUACUGUAGAAGAAGAAGGAAAGAAACCAAUUACUACAGUAGCCACAGAAGAAAUUGAUGAACCCACUGAGUUUGUAGUUGAACAAAAACCAUUAAAACCUGAACUCAUUCAAGAAUUACCUGAGGAAGUUGAAGUUACAAAAGUAAUCACAGAAGAAGGGAAGCCAAAGGAGAUUGUGAAGAAGAAGCGGGUGAUCAGGAGGAAAAAGGGUGAUAAAAUAGAAACAACGGAAAUUGUUACAGUUGAAGAAAAAGGUCAGGAACCAAAAACAACUGUCACAGUGGAAGAGGUGCCAGAAGAAGAAAUAGAAGAUAUAAAGCCUCUUCAUGUCGCUGUUGUUGAAGAUAUCGAAGAUAAAGUUGAAGUUACACAGGUCAUCACGGAUAAAGGUAAGACAAAGCAAAUUACAAAAAAGAAACGUAUCAUCAAAAAGAAACGAGAUGAUAAAGUCGAAACCACUGAAAUUGUAACCGUCGAAGAAGACGGUAAAGCACCACAAACAAUUGUAACAGUUCACGAACAACCCGAUGAAAUAAUCAAACCAAUCCCAACUCAUAAACCUAUUGAUACCACAGAAAUUCAAGAAACAGAGCAUACCGAAGUUACUUUAAUUGAUACCAAAACGGGACCGAAAGAAGUCAAGAAACAUAAAAGAGUUAUACGAAAGAAAAAAGGAAAGAAUAUUGAACAAACUGAAAUUAUAACCGUUGAGGAAGAGGGUAAGAAACCACAAACUACAGUAUCUGUACAGGAGAUUACUGAAGAGGAAAUUGGGGAGAUUCCUGAAGAAAAACCUGAUGAGGAAAAACCUGUCGUUAUAGAAGAAUUGCCAGAAGAAGUCGAAGUAACACAAAUAGUUACAAAAGAGGGUAAACCAACGGAAGUAACAAAGAAAAAACGAGUAAUCAAAAAGAAAAAGAAAGAUGGUAAAGUAGAAACCACUGAAAUUGAAACUGUCGAACAAGAAGGAAAGAAACCGGAAAUAACGGUGAAAGUGCAAGAAACGACAGACGAAACUACAGAACAAAUUAUUAAGAAAAGAAAACCAAAAGCGGUAAUUGAAGAAUUACCAGAACAAAUAGAAAUUACAAAAGUGAUAACUGAGGAAGGUAAGCCCAAAGAUGUCAUUAAGAAAAAGAGGGUCAUACGUAGAAAGAAAGGGGAUAAAGUCGAAACCACUGAAAUUGUAACAGUUGAAGAAGAAGGGCAAACACCAGAAACUACUGUAACUGUACAGGAGAUACCUGAAGAAGAGUUGGAAGAAAUUCCUGAAGAUAGAACCGUAGUUCCAUCCGUGGUAGAAGAUAUUCAGGAACAUGUUGAAGUGACAAAGAUUGAAACGAAGGAGGGUCCAAAAGAUAUUACGAAAAAGAAGAAAAUUAUCAGAAAGAAAAAGGGAGAUAAAGUUGAAACAACUGAAAUUGUGACUGUAGAAGAAGAGGGAAAGAAACCCGAAACAACUGUGACUGUUAAAGAAUUUCCAGAGGAAAAAGUUGAAGAGUUACCUGAAGAGAAACCUGAUAAAGCUGUUGAAAUACAAGAAACAGAACAAGUUGAAGUAACUAAAGUUUUGACAAGAUGGGGUCCAAAAGAAGUGACUAAAAAGAAACGUGUCAUCAAGAAAAAGAAAGGAGGUAAGGUUGAAACAACAGAAAUAGUGACUGUGGAAGAAGAAGGUAAACAACCGGAAACGACUGUGACAGUAAAAGAGUUACCUGAAGAAGAUGUUGAUGAAAUACCAGAACAAAAACCUGAAGAAGCGGUGGUUGUUGAAGAACUUCCGGAAGAAGUUGUGAUUACACGGGUAAUAACAGAAGAAGGAAAACCAAAAGAGGUUAAAAAGAAGAAACGUAUAAUUAAGAAAAGGAAAGCUGAUAAAGUUGAAACAACCGAAAUCGAAUCUGUUGAAGAAGAAGGAAAGAAACCGGAGAUAACGGUGAAAGUGCUAGAAACCACAGAAGAGACGACGGAACAAAUAAUUAAAAGAAGAAAGCCAGUAAAACCUGUUAUUGAGGAAUUACCUGAAGAAAUAGAAAUUACUAAGGUUAUAACUGAAGAAGGUAAACCUAAAGAUGUCGUUAAAAAGAAGAGAAUUAUACGAAGAAAGAAGGGAGAUAAGGUUGAAACAACGGAAAUUGUAACAGUUGAGAAAGAAGGUGAAAAGCCAGAAACUACUGUGACUGUAAAAGAAAUUCCAGAAGAGGAAGUCGAGGAGAUUCCUCAAGAAAAACCUGUACGUCCAUCGAUUGUAGAGGAUAUACAAGAACAAGUUGAAGUAACACAAAUUGAGACAAAAGAAGGACCUAAGGAAGUUACUAAAAAGAAAAGAAUCAUUAAAAAGAAAAAGGGAGAUAAAGUUGAAACAACCGAAAUUGUGACUGUUGAAGAGGAGGGGAAGAAACCGGAAACAACUGUGACUGUUAAAGAAUUGCCAGAGGAAAAGAUUGAAGAGUUGCCUGAAGAGAAACCUGAUAGAGCUGUUGAAAUACAAGAAACAGAACAAGUUGAAGUAACUAAAGUUUUGACAAGAUGGGGUCCAAAAGAAGUGACUAAAAGGAAACGUGUUAUCAAGAAAAAGAAAGGAGGGAAGGUUGAAACCACAGAAAUAGUGACUGUGGAAGAAGAAGGUAAACAACCCGAAACAACUGUGACUGUAGAAGAAUUACCUGAAGAAGAUGUUGAUGAAAUACCAGAACAAAAACCUACCGAAGCGGUGGUUGUUGAAGAACUUCCGGAAGAAGUUGUGAUUACGCGAGUUAUAACGGAAGAAGGGAAACCAAAGGAGAUUACUAAAAAGAAACGAGUGAUUAAGAAGAAGAAAGGUGAUAAAGUUGAAACUACCCAAAUUGAAACUGUGGAAGAAGAAGGAAAGAUGCCUGAGAUAACAGUAAAAGUGCACGAAACCACAGAAGAGACAACAGAACAAAUUAUUAAAAGGAGAAAGCCGGUAAAACCUGUUAUUGAAGAAUUACCUGAACAAAUAGAAAUUACAAAAGUUAUAACUGAAGAAGGUAAACCUAAAGAUGUCAUUAAAAAGAAAAGAAUUAUUCGAAGAAAGAAGGGAGAUAAAGUUGAAACAACAGAAAUUGUAACAGUUGAGAAAGAAGGUGAAAAGCCAGAAACUACUGUGACUGUAAAAGAAAUUCCAGAAGAGGAAGUCGAGGAGAUUCCUCAAGAAAAACCUGUACGUCCAUCGAUUGUGGAGGAUAUACAAGAACAAGUUGAAGUAACACAAAUUGAGACAAAAGAAGGACCUAAGGAAGUUACUAAAAAGAAAAGAAUCAUUAAAAAGAAAAAGGGAGAUAAAGUUGAAACAACCGAAAUUGUGACUGUUGAAGAGGAGGGGAAGAAACCGGAAACAACUGUGACUGUUAAAGAAUUGCCAGAGGAAAAGAUUGAAGAGUUGCCUGAAGAGAAACCUGAUAGAGCUGUUGAAAUACAAGAAACAGAACAAGUUGAAGUAACUAAAGUUUUGACAAGAUGGGGUCCAAAAGAAGUGACUAAAAGGAAACGUGUUAUCAAGAAAAAGAAAGGAGGGAAGGUUGAAACCACAGAAAUAGUGACUGUGGAAGAAGAAGGUAAACAACCCGAAACAACUGUGACUGUAGAAGAAUUACCUGAAGAAGAUGUUGAUGAAAUUCCAGAACAAAAACCUACCGAAGCGGUGGUAGUCGAAGAACUUCCUGAGGAAGUUGUGAUAACUCGCGUAAUAACAGAAGAAGGAAAAUCAAAAGAUGUUAAAAAGAGAAAACGUAUAAUUAGGAAAAAGAAGGGUGAUAAAGUUGAAACAACAGAAAUCGAAUCUGUUGAAGAAGAAGGAAAGAAACCGGAGAUAACGGUAAAAGUGUUAGAAACCACAGAAGAGACAACGGAACAAAUAAUUAAAAGAAAGAAACCAGCAAAACCUGUUAUUGAGGAAUUACCUGAAGAAAUAGAAAUUACUAAAGUUAUAACUGAAGAAGGUAAACCUAAAGAUGUCGUUAAAAAGAAGAGAAUUAUACGAAGAAAGAAGGGAGAUAAGGUUGAAACAACGGAAAUUGUAACAGUUGAGAAAGAAGGUGAAAAGCCAGAAACUACUGUGACUGUAAAAGAAAUUCCAGAAGAGGAAGUCGAGGAGAUUCCUCAAGAAAAACCUGUACGUCCAUCGGUUGUAGAGGAUAUUCAAGAACAAAUUGAGGUUACACAAAUUGAGACAAAAGAAGGUCCUAAGGAAGUUACUAAAAAGAAAAGAGUCAUUAAAAAGAAAAAGGGGGAUAAAGUUGAAACAACAGAAAUUGUGACUGUUGAAGAAGAGGGAAAGAAACCCGAAACAACUGUGACUGUUAAAGAAAUGCCAGAGGAAGAAAUUGAAGAUUUUCCAGAAGAAAAACCUGAAAAAGCAACUGAAGUACAAGAAACAGAACAAGUUGAAGUAACUAAAGUUUUAACAAGAUGGGGUCCAAAAGAAGUGACUAAAAAGAAACGUGUCAUCAAGAAAAAGAAAGGAGGUAAAGUUGAAACAACGGAAAUUGUGACUGUGGAAGAAGAAGGUAAACAACCUGAAACGACUGUAACUGUAGAAGAAUUGCCUGAAGAAGAUGUUGAUGAAAUACCAGAAGAAAAACCUACCGAAGCGGUGGUUGUUGAAGAACUUCCGGAAGAAGUUGUGAUUACGCGAGUUAUAACGGAAGAAGGUAAACCAAAGGAGAUUACUAAAAAGAAACGUGUGAUUAAGAAGAAGAAAGGUGAUAAAGUUGAAACUACCCAAAUUGAAACUGUGGAAGAAGAAGGAAAGAAACCAAAGGUAACAGUGAAAGUGCUAGAAACGACAGACGAAACUACGGAACAAACAAUUAAAAGAAGGAAGCCGGUAAAACCUGUUAUUGAGGAAUUACCUGAACAAAUAGAAAUUACUAAGGUUAUAACAGAAGAAGGUAAACCUAAAGAUGUCAUUAAAAAGAAAAGAAUUAUUCGAAGAAAGAAGGGAGAUAAAGUUGAAACAACGGAGAUUGUGACUGUUGAGCAAGAAGGUGAAAAGCCAGAAACAACUGUGACUGUUAAAGAAACACCGGAAGAAGAAAUCGAGGAGAUUCCUCAAGAGAAACCUGUACGACCGUCGGUAGUGCAAGAUAUUCAAGAACAAGUUGAGAUUACACAAAUUGAGACCAAGGAGGGUCCUAAAGAAAUUACGAAAAAGAAACGAAUUAUUAAAAAGAAGAAGGGAGAUAAAGUUGAAACAACAGAAAUAGUGACAAUUGAAGAAGAGGGUAAGAAACCCGAAACAACUGUGACUGUUAAAGAAUUACCAGAUGAAAAAGUAGAAGAGCUCCCAGAAGAAAAACCAGAUAAAGCUAUCGAAAUACAAGAGACAGAACAAGUUGAAGUAAGUAAAGUUUUGACAAGAUGGGGUCCAAAAGAAGUGACUAAAAAGAAACGUGUCAUCAAGAAAAAGAAAGGAGAUAAAAUUGAAACAACAGAAAUUGUGACUGUAGAAGAGGAAGGUAAACAACCGGAAACGACUGUGACUGUGAGUGAAUUACCGCAAGAAGAGGUUGAUGAACUACCCGAUCAGAAGCCUACCGAAGCAACGAUAAUUGAAGAACUUCCAGAAGAAGUUGUAAUAACUCGUAUAAUAACAGAAGAAGGAAAGCCUAAGGAGGUGACUAAAAAGAAGCGUAUAAUUAAGAAGAAGAAAGGUGACAAAAUUGAAACUACCCAAAUUGAAACUGUUGAAGAAGAAGGAAAGAAACCAGAGGUAACUGUAAAAGUUCAAGAAACCACUGAAGAGACAACGGAACAAAUUGUUAAAAGGAGAAAACCGGUAAAACCGGUUAUUGAAGAAUUACCCGAACAAAUAGAAAUUACAAAAGUUAUAACAGAAGAAGGUAAACCUAAAGAUGUCAUUAAAAAGAAGAGAAUUAUUCGAAGAAAGAAAGGAGAUAAAGUUGAAACAACGGAAAUCUUAACUGUUGAGCAAGAAGGUGAAAAACCAGAGACUACUGUGACUGUUAAGGAAAUUCCUGAAGAAGAACUCGAGGAGGUUCCUCAAGAUAAACCAGUACGUCCAUCAAUUGUGGAGGAUAUUCAAGAACAAGUUGAGGUUACACAAAUUGAGACCAAAGAAGGUCCAAAAGAAAUCAUGAAAAAGAAAAGAAUCAUCAAAAAGAAAAAGGGCGAUAAAGUUGAAACAACGGAAAUUGUAACUGUUGAAGAAGAGGGUAAGAAACCCGAAACAACUGUGACUGUUAAAGAAUUACCAGAGGAGAAAAUAGAAGAAUUUCCAGAAGAAAAGCCAGCUAAAGCUGUUGAAAUACAAGAGUCAGAACAGGUUGAAGUAACCAAAGUUUUGACAAGAUGGGGUCCAAAAGAAGUGACUAAAAAGAAACGUAUCAUUAAGAAAAAGAAAGGCGACAAGAUUGAAACGACAGAAAUUGUGACUGUAGAAGAGGAGGGUAAGAAACCGGAAACAACUGUAACUGUUGAGGAAAUACCUGAAGCUGAUGAAUUACCAGAACAAAUUCGCCCAGAAGCGUCGGUAAUAGAGGAAUUACCAGAAGAGAUUGAAAUAACUCGUAUAGUUACCGAAGAAGGUAAACCAAAAGAAAUCACGAAGAAGAAACGCACAAUAAAGAAAAAGAAAGGUGAUAAAGUUGAAACCACGGAAAUAGUUACUGUUGAGGAGGAAGGUAAAAAGCCAGUAACAACUGUUUCGGUAGAUGAAAAACCAGAAGACAUUAAAGAGAUUAAAACAAAACGAAAACCUAAACAACCACGACAUCCGACAGAAGAUCAACUUGAAGAUGAAAAACCAACAAUAAUUGAAGAACUUCCUGAAGAAGUUGAAGUUUCUCGAAUUCUAACGAGAGAAGGACCUAAAGAUAUUACCAAGAGGAAGCGAGUAAUUCGACGCAAGAAAGGAAAGAAUGUUGAAGAAACUGAAAUUAUUAUAACUGAGGAGGAAGGAAAAGAACCAAAAGCAACAGUAACCAUAGAAGAAAUACCUGAAGAGGAGACUACUCCAAUUUCAGAACAACCUCAGAAACCAAAACUCGUUCAUGAAUUCCCAGAAGAAGUUGAAGUAACCGAAGUAAUGACCUGGGAAGGUCCUAAGGAAGUAAAGAAAAAGAAGAGGGUAAUCAAAAGAAAGAAGGGAGGUAAAAUCGAAACUACCGAGUUAGUAACUCUUGAAGAAGAAGGUAAGAAACCCGAAACAACCGUUACAAUAACCGAGCAACCAGAAGAGUUGGUGUACGAAGAAUUACCCGAAGAAGUGUUAACUACAAAGGUUGUUAAAGAUGGUAUGAUAAAGAAACGUGUCGUUAAAAAGCGCACCAUUAAAGAAAAGAAAGGAGACACGGAAGAAACAACAGUUAUUACAACUGUCGAGGAUGAAGGCCAAGAACCAAAACUAUUUGCUACCGUAGAGGAGCAACCAGCAACUGAAGAUAUAUGCGAAAAACCAAUUUUACCCCUAGAAGCAGUAGAAAUGCCAGAUGAGGAACAAGUAAUAGAAAUUGAUACGUUGAGUAGAACACCUAAAAAGAAAAUAACGAAAAAGCGAAAAUUCCUAAAGAAAGAAGGGCCAUCUGUAGAAGUUACUGAAGUAACAACAAUAAUUGAAGAUGAUAAGAAGCCAGAAACAACUGUCUCAGUAACAACAGAAAAGAUACCAAAGAAAGUAAAACAGAAGAAGAAGAAGGAACCUGAAAAAAUUCUCUUCGUACCAACUUUAGCCGCAAAAUAUGCUGACGAUGAUGAUGAAGUAAUCGAUAAAGCGAGAAUUGAAAUGAUACAGAAAGCAAUUACAUUACCUAAAUAUGAAGGACUUCCAGGAGAUGAACUCGAAGAGUUUAAACCUAAAAAAGUUAAACCUGAAUUUGCAGCUUGUGUUGAAUAUCCUGAGUUGGUACGAGUUGAAGAAACUAUUACACCAACAGGUUUUAUGAAAAAGAAAGUUACAAAAACUCGUAGAAUUAAACAAACCGUAGGAGAUGAUGAAAAAGUUAUAAAUAUUGUUACUACAGAAGAGGAAGACAAACCUACAACAUUAGAAAUCUUUGAAAGUACCCCAGAAAAGGCUGGAAUUACGGAUGACACUCCUAUUUUAUUUGAAGCAACUCCGGAGGAAACCGAAACUCUUCAAAGUGUCGAUGAUAAAGGAAAGCCUAAGAAGAAAGUAAUUAAAAAGGCUAAAAUUCAUAAAAAGGUAGGAGAUAAAGAUGAGGUUACUGAUAUUAUUACUGUGAUUGAAGAAGGAAAAGCACCUGAAGUUACAGUUACUGUAACAGAUGCAAAAGAUAAGAAAGACAAGAAACCUAAAAAACCUUCAAAGAAACAUUUAGAAGGAAAGGUUCCGGAAUCUGAAGAACUAGUACCUGAGGAAACUGUACCAGAAUUUGGGGUAUACGAGGAAUACCCUGAGGAAGUGGAAACAAAAGAAGUUAUUACUCCUGAAGGCAUUACAACCAAAACCAUCAAACGACGCAGAAUUAAGAAAAAAGUUGAUAAUAAAGAAAAAAUUAUUAAUAUAGUUACAACUCAAGAAGAAAAUAAACCAGAUGAUGUAGAAAUAUUCGAAACAACACCUGAAGAAGCUGGAUUAAAAUCAGAAGACGUGCCUUCAGUAAUUGAGGAAAUUCCCGAGGAAACACAAACAAUAGUUCAUAUAGACGAAGAUGGAAAACGAAAGAAGAAAACAAUUAAGAAAACUAAACUAAAGAAAACGGUCGGAGAUAAAGAACAAAUCACCGAUCUCGUCACAAUUGAGGAAGACGGCAAAAAGCCAGAAACUAUUGUUACCGUUACCGAAUCGAAAACGAAAAAACCUAAACGUAAGAAGCCUCUUAAACCCGAAGAAGAAGAAAUUACACCAACUCCUGAAAUAUGUGAAGAAUAUCCAGAAGAAAUCAAAGAAGAAACUAUACACACACCGAAAGGAGUUAAAAAAAUAAUAACAAAACGUCGAAAAAUUAAAAAGGAUGAUGAUAAGGUAAUAAAUAUUGUUACAACACAAGAAGAAGAUAAACCUGCUUCUGUCCAAGUAUUUGAAAGUACACCCGAAGAAGCAGGUAUAACUGAAGAUGUUAUUCCAAUAAUAGUGGAACAAUUACCAGAAGAAACUCAAGUCUUUGAUAUCGUAGACGAAAAAGGAGUACCAAAGAAAAGAACGAUAAAGAAAACUAAAGUUAAAAAGAAAGUGGGCGAUAAAGAAGAAGUAACAGAUAUUACAACUAUUGAGGAAACUGGCAAACAACCUGAAGUAACGGUAACUAAGAGUACUACAGAAACAAAAGUACCUAAACGGAAAAAGCCUUUGAAACCUGAAAAAAGGGAACAAGAAAAACCAGAAGAUAAACUUGACAAAGUGCUUGAAGAAGAAAAACCACAAGAAACACCUCAAUUUGUAGAUUUCGAAGAGUUUCCGGAGGAAAUACAAGUACAAGAAACAAUAACACCUGAAGGUCCAAAGAAAAAAGUAAUUAAACGUCGAAAACUUAAGAAAAAAGAUGAUGAUAAAAUACUUAAUAUAGUAACUACUGAAGAAGAAGGUAAACCUGAAGAAACACAAGUCUUUGAAACAACUCCAGAAGAAGCUGGAAUUAAAAAGGAUGAUAUUCCAGUUCCAGUUGAAGAAUUACCGGAAGAAGUACAAACCAUCGAAGUCAUUGAUAACAAAGGAAUGCCCAAAAAGAAAACAAUAAAGACAAGGAAGUUGAAAAAGAGGGUUGGUGAUGUAGAUGAAAUCACUGAUAUAGUAACGAUCGAGGAAGAUGAUAAAACACCCGAAUUAUCCGUAAAAGUUUCCAAAGAUAAACCCAAAAAGCCAAAGAAAGAGAAACCAGAAAAAGUCGAAAAGGGCGAUAAACCCAUGAAAAAGGAUUUAGAACAAAUUAAACCACAAAAAUUAGAGAAGCUUGUAAUAAAACCUCAAAAAGUUGAAAUCCAUAAAAUUGAAGAUUUACCUCUUCUACUAAAGAAAAAACAAGCCACACCAAAGAAAGUUAAAAAGGUUAAAGUUCCUAAAAUAAGACUGAAAAGUCGUAUUACUCCGGUACCUUUCCCACCGCAAGGUCAACAAAUGCAAACACCACUAAUUUCUCAAUUAGAGCCAAUUUAUAAGGACAACGGAAUAUUAUCGAGAAAUAUGCGAGAAGCAGAGAAAGUAAUAAAAACAAAACGACGUAAAUUGAAAGAUACUGGUAAAGAAUCUCCUGAUUUAGAUAAACUUGACUUGGAAUUUGAAGAGCUCAAAAAGAAACAACCAGAAGAAGUAGACGAAGCUUUCAAAUACCAACGUAAACCCAAAAAACCUGAAGAAGAAAAGGAAGAACCCAAACCACUAAAAAUAGGAAAAGGUAAAAUACCUCAAGAUGUUGAAGAACCUGAAAAAGUAACACUCAAAAAGAUACCAGGAAAACCAGAAAAACCAAUUCCUGAAGAACCUGCUAAAGACACGAAAGACAAGCCAGUUGAAAAGAAGAAGAAGCCUAAAAAGGAUAAAGAUGAACCCGAAUUAGAACCGUUUAAACCUUAUGAUAUUGACGAUAUUGAUAGAGAUCGUGAAGAGUUUGAAAAACCGGAAUUUGAUAAGGAAGAUAAAGAGAAGCCUACAGAAGAGAAAAAGCGAACACCAAAGAAAAAAGAAAAGAAACCUCCACAAGAAGUAGAACAAAUUACACCAGAAAAAGGUAUACCGAAACCGAAACCUGAAGAAGAGCAACCGGAUAUAAAAUUAAAAUACAAACAAGGCCCUAAACCAGAAGAACAACCGGAAGAAAUUAAGUUGAAACCGUUUAAGAAACCUAAACCGGAAAAAGACACUGAAGAUAAACCCGAUACUAUCGGAAAACCGAAACCAAUUUCUAGGGACGAAGAACCUUUCGAAUUACAACCUAAAGAAUUUGACGUGGAUGAUGAUUCACACAAGAAGAAAAAGAAGAAACCCCGUACUCCUAUAGUUCAUGAAAUUCCAGAAGAAAUUAAAGUUAUUGAAGAAAUAACACCCGAAGGACCUAAGAAGAAAACAAUUAAGAAACGAGUGAUCAAGAAACGAGAAGGCCCAAAAGAAGAAAUAACCGAAAUAGAAACAAUCGAAGAAGAUGAUAAAGCUCCAAUUACCACAGUCACAGUUACAGAAGAAAUCAUACCUGAAGAAAAAUUAGAAGAACCUAUUUAUGAAGAACCUGAUAAAGCGGAUGUAGUCGAAGAACUUCCUGAGGAAGUUAAGGUCACAGAAGUUGUAACAGAAACAGGUAAAAAAGUUAAGAAAACUAUUAAGAAGAAAGUGUUUAAGAAACCGAAAGGAGAAGAGGAAGAGGAAACUACUGAAAUUGUGACAAUUGAAGAAGAAGGAAAGAAACCAGAAAUUAAAGUCACAGUAAAGAAAGCUAAAAUUGAUGAAGUCAAGCCUAAAGAGGAUGACACAAAAGUACUACCACAGGAUAAAAAGAAACCUAAGAAAGCAAAACCGAUUGUUCAAGAACUUCCUGAAGAAGUAAAAGUCACUGAAAACAUUGUUGAAGGUAAAAUGACAAAGAAAACUGUUAAGAAACGUGUAAUCAAGAAACGAGAUGGUGCAAAAGAAGAAAUAACUGAAAUUGAAACAGUCGAAGAAGGUGAUAAAGCUCCAAUUACCACAGUCACAGUUACGGAAGAAAUCUUACCUGAAGAAAAAUUAGAAGAACCUAUUUACGAAGAACCUGAAAAAGUUGAUGUAGUCGAAGAACUUCCUGAAGAAGUUAAGGUCACAGAAGUUAUCACAGAAACAGGUAAAAAGGUAAAGAAAACUGUUAAAAAGAAGGUGUUUAAGAGACCGAAAGGAGAAGAGGAAGAAACCACAGAAAUUGUCACAAUUGAAGAAGAAGGGAAGAAACCCGAAACUAAAGUCACAGUUAAAAAGGCUAAGAUUAAGGAAGUUAAACCAAAAGAAGAUGACUCAAAGCCACUUCCAGAGGACAGUAAGAAACCCAAGAAAGCAAAACCAAUUAUUCAAGAGCUUCCUGAAGAAGUUAAAGUAACUGAAGUAAUUGUUGAAGGUAAACCGACAAGGAAAACUGUUAAGAAACGUGUAAUCAAGAAACGAGAAGGCCCAAAAGAAGAAAUAACUGAAAUUGAAACGGUCGAAGAAGAUAAUAAAGCUCCAAUUACCACAGUCACUGUUACGGAAGAAAUCUUACCUGAAGAAAAAUUAGAAGAACCUAUUUACGAAAAACCUGAAAAGGUGGAUGUAAUCGAAGAACUACCUGAGGAAGUUAAAGUAACAGAAGUUGUUACAGAAACGGGUAAAAAGGUAAGGAAAACUAUUAAAAAGAAGGUGUUUAAGAAACCGAAAGGAGAAGAGGAAGAAACCACAGAAAUUGUCACAAUUGAAGAAGAAGGGAAGAAACCGGAAACUAAAGUCACAGUUAAAAAGGCUAAGAUUAAAGAAGUUAAACCAAAAGAAGAUGACACAAAGCCACUUCCAGAGGAUAGUAAGAAACCUAAGAAAGCAAAGCCAAUUAUUCAAGAGCUUCCUGAAGAAGUUAAAAUAACUGAAGUAAUUGUUGAAGGUAAACCGACAAGGAAAACUGUUAAGAAACGUGUAAUCAAGAAACGAGAAGGUCCAAAAGAAGAAAUAACAGAAAUUGAAACGGUCGAAGAAGAUGAUAAAGCUCCAAUUACCACAGUCAUUGUUACAGAAGAAAUCUUACCUGAAGAAAAAGUAGAAGAACCUAUUUACGAAAAACCUGAAAAAGUAGAUGUAGUCGAAGAGCUACCUGAGGAAGUUAAGGUCACAGAAGUUGUUACAGAAACGGGUAAAAAGGUAAAGAAAACUAUUAAGAAGAAGGUGUUUAAGAAACCGAAAGGAGAAGAAGAAGAAACCACAGAAAUUGUCACAAUUGAAGAAGAAGGGAAGAAACCCGAAACUAAAGUCACGGUUAAAAAGGCUAAGAUUAAGGAAGUUAAACCAAAAGAAGACGACACAAAACCACUUCCAGAGGAAAGUAAGAAACCCAGGAAAGCAAAACCAAUUAUUCAAGAGCUUCCUGAAGAAGUUAAAGUAACUGAAGUAAUUGUUGAAGGUAAACCGACUAGGAAAACUGUUAAGAAACGUGUAAUCAAGAAACGAGAAGGUCCAAAAGAGGAAAUAACAGAAAUUGAAACAGUCGAAGAAGAUGAUAAAGCUCCAAUUACCACAGUCACUGUUACAGAAGAAAUCUUACCUGAAGAAAAAAUGGAAGAACCUAUUGACGAAAAACCUGAAAAAGCAGAUGUAGUCGAAGAACUUCCUGAGGAAGUUAAAGUAACAGAAGUUGUCACGGAAACAGGUAAAAAGGUAAAGAAAACUAUUAAAAAGAAGGUGUUUAAGAAACCGAAGGGAGAAGAGGAAGAAACCACAGAAAUUGUCACAAUUGAAGAAGAAGGAAAGAAACCAGAAACUAAAGUCACAGUUAAAAAGGCUAAGAUUAAGGAAGUUAUACCAAAAGAAGAUGACACAAAACCACUUCCAGAGGAUAGUAAGAAACCCAAGAAAGCAAAACCAAUUGUUCAAGAGCUUCCUGAAGAAGUUAAAGUAACAGAAGUAAUUGUUGAAGGUAAGCCGACAAGGAAAACUGUUAAGAAACGUGUAAUCAAGAAACGAGAAGGUCCAAAAGAAGAAAUAACUGAAAUUGAAACCGUCGAGGAAGAUGAUAAAGCUCCAAUUACCACAGUCACUGUUACAGAGGAAAUCUUACCUGAAGAAAAAUUAGAAGAACCUAUUUACGAAAAACCUGAAAAAGUUGAUGUAGUCGAAGAACUUCCUGAAGAAGUUAAGGUCACAGAAGUUAUCACAGAAACAGGUAAAAAGGUAAAGAAAACUGUUAAAAAGAAGGUGUUUAAGAGACCGAAAGGAGAAGAGGAAGAAACCACAGAAAUUGUCACAAUUGAAGAAGAAGGGAAGAAACCCGAAACUAAAGUCACAGUGAAAAAGGCUAAAAUCAAGGAAGUUAAACCAAAAGAGGAUGACAUAAAACCACUUCCAGAGGAUAGUAAGAAACCCAAGAAAGCAAAACCGAUUAUUCAAGAGCUUCCGGAAGAAGUAAAUGUCACUGAAGAUAUUGUUGAAGGUAAAAUAACAAAGAAAACUGUUAAGAAACGUGUAAUCAAAAAACGAGAAGGUCCAAAAGAAGAAAUAACUGAAAUUGAAACGAUCGAAGAAGAUGAUAAAGCUCCAAUAACCACAGUCACUGUUACAGAAGAAAUCUUACCAGAAGAAAAAAUAGAAGAACCUAUUUACGAAAAACCUGAAAAAGUAGAUGUAGUCGAAGAACUACCUGAGGAAGUUAAGGUCACAGAAGUUAUCACAGAAACCGGUAAAAAGGUAAAGAAAACUAUUAAAAAGAAGGUGUUUAAGAAACCGAAAGGAGAAGAAGAAGAAACUACCGAAAUUGUCACAAUUGAAGAAGAAGGGAAGAAACCCGAAACUAAAGUCACAGUGAAAAAGGCUAAGAUUAAGGAAGUUAAACCAAAAGAAGAUGACACAAAACCUCUUCCAGAGGAUAGUAAGAAACCCAGGAAAGCAAAACCAAUUAUUCAAGAGCUUCCCGAAGAAGUUAAAGUAACAGAAGUAAUUGUUGAAGGUAAGCCGACAAGGAAAACGGUUAAGAAACGUGUAAUCAAGAAACGAGAAGGUCCAAAAGAAGAAAUAACAGAAAUUGAAACCGUCGAGGAAGAUGAUAAAGCUCCAAUUACCACAGUCACUGUUACAGAGGAAAUCUUAUCUGAAGAAAAAUUAGAAGAACCUAUUUACGAAAAACCUGAAAAAGUAGAUGUAGUCGAAGAACUUCCUGAGGAAGUUAAAGUAACAGAAGUUGUUACAGAAACGGGUAAGAAGGUAAAGAAAACUAUUAAAAAGAAGGUGUUUAAGAAACCGAAAGGAGAAGAGGAAGAAACCACAGAAAUUGUCACAAUUGAAGAAGAAGGGAAGAAACCCGAAACUAAGGUCACAGUUAAAAAAGCUAAGAUUAAGGAAGUUAAACCAAAAGAAGAUGACUCAAAGCCACUUCCAGAGGACAGUAAGAAACCCAAGAAAGCAAAACCAAUUAUUCAAGAGCUUCCUGAAGAAGUUAAAGUAACUGAAGUAAUUGUUGAAGGUAAACCGACAAGGAAAACUGUUAAGAAACGUGUAAUCAAGAAACGAGAAGGUCCAAAAGAAGAAAUAACAGAAAUUGAAACGGUCGAAGAAGAUGAUAAAGCUCCAAUUACCACAGUCACUGUUACAGAAGAAAUCUUACCUGAAGAAAAAAUAGAAGAACCUAUUGACGAAAAACCUGAAAAAGCAGAUGUAGUCGAAGAACUUCCUGAGGAAGUUAAAGUAACAGAAGUUGUCACGGAAACAGGUAAAAAGGUAAAGAAAACUAUUAAAAAGAAGGUGUUUAAGAAACCGAAGGGAGAAGAGGAAGAAACCACAGAAAUUGUCACAAUUGAAGAAGAAGGAAAGAAACCAGAAACUAAAGUCACAGUUAAAAAGGCUAAGAUUAAGGAAGUUAUACCAAAAGAAGAUGACACAAAACCACUUCCAGAGGAUAGUAAGAAACCCAAGAAAGCAAAACCAAUUGUUCAAGAGCUUCCUGAAGAAGUUAAAGUAACAGAAGUAAUUGUUGAAGGUAAGCCGACAAGGAAAACUGUUAAGAAACGUGUAAUCAAGAAACGAGAAGGUCCAAAAGAAGAAAUAACUGAAAUUGAAACCGUCGAGGAAGAUGAUAAAGCUCCAAUUACCACAGUCACUGUUACAGAGGAAAUCUUACCUGAAGAAAAAUUAGAAGAACCUAUUUACGAAAAACCUGAAAAAGUAGAUGUAAUCGAAGAACUACCUGAGGAAGUUAAGGUCACAGAAGUUAUCACAGAAACCGGUAAAAAGGUAAAGAAAACUAUCAAAAAGAAGGUGUUUAAGAAACCGAAAGGAGAAGAGGAAGAAGAAACAACCGAAAUUGUCACAAUUGAAGAAGAAGGGAAGAAACCCGAAACUAAAGUUACAGUGAAAAAAGCUAAAAUCAAAGAACUUAAACCUAAGGAGGAUGACACUAAGCCACUUCUACAGGAUACUAAGAAACCUAAGAAAGCAAAACCGAUAAUUCAAGAACUCCCCGAAGAAGUAAAAGUCACUGAAGUUAUUGUUGAAGGUGAACCCAUCAAGAAAAUUGUUAAGAAGCGUGUUAUAAAGAAACGCGAAGGUCCUAAAGAAGAAAUUACGGAAAUAGAAACAAUACAGGAAGGUGAUAAGCCCGCUGUUACUAAAAUCACGAUUAAGGAUGAAGAAAUUCCAGAAGAAAAACUGGAUGAAGUUCCAACAGAUGUUGAUACUGCCCAAAUUAUUGAAGAAUUACCAGAAGAAGUUAUUGUUUCCGAAGUGCAUACUGAUGAAGGUCCGAAGAAAAAGGUUUUGAGAAAGAAAGUGUUCAAGAAACCGAAAGGUGAUACUGUUGAAACAACCGAAAUUGUUACAGUAGAAGAAGAAGGAAAAGAACCAGAAACAACUAUGUCUGUAAAGCGACAUAGGAAGAAGCCAAAGAAAGAGAAGUAUCUCUUCGUGCCUACAUUAGCCCAAAGAGAUUCUGAAGAUUCAGAAGAAGAAGUAAUCACUAAAGUAAGAAUAGAAAUGAUUCAAAAGGCAGUAUCUCUUCCAAAAUACACCUCAGUAGAACAAGAAGAAGUGGACACGUUGGUACCCACUACCCCAAUAACUCCCCAAUAUGCAAUUUGUGAAGAAUACCCCGAGCAUAUGCAUGUGCACACCACCACUUUGCCGACUGGAAUUGUUGAGAGAAAAGUAGUAAAAGAAAGAAGGAUUAAAAAGAAAGUAGGCGACAAGGACGUUGUUACUAAAAUAACAACUGUCGAAGAAGAAGACAAAGAACCUACUGUUACAGUCGAAGAAAUCACACCAGAAGAGGCAAACAUCAAAGAAGACGAAGUUCCUGUUCCAGUUGAGGAAUCUCCUGAAUUAGUUCAUGUUAUUGAAGAUAAGAAAAUUAAGAAGAGAGUUAUUAAGAAACCAAAAGGCGACGAGGUAGAAACUACGGAAAUAUUAACUAUCGAAGAAAAAAAUAAAAAACCCGAAGUAACGGUAACUGUAACAACAUCCAAAGAAACUCAAAUCACUGAUGAUCAUGUACACCCACUCGAUACACACAAACCGAAAAAGAGCCGAGCCAAAGUGACACCCACCACCACGGAUACAAAAAUUAUCACCGAAACACACACUUAUGACACUACAGGCGAUGUUAACUUAGGAGAUUUGUUACCAACAGAAAAAGUUCAACCGACUAUUGAACCUGUGGAAUCGGUUACAGUUGAAGUUGUAGACACCCAAAAACAAAAUGAGGAAGUAAGUAAAAAGAAACCAAUUAAAAAGGUAAAGGCAACCAAAGUUGAGGAAGUUGAAGAACAACCAGAAGUUAUUGAAUUUAAACCAGAAAUUUUAGAAGAAAAACCAGAAGAGGAAGAAAUAAUUGAAGAGAAAGUAAUUAAAACUAAGAAAAUACGCAAACCAAAGAAAAUUGAAAAAGAAAUCGUAAUUGAAGAGACUGUCGUUCAAGAAGAAAAACCAGAUGCUUCCAAAAUUGAAGAAAUAACAGAAAAAACCUUUAUCAAAAAGAAAAAGGUGCUUAAACCUAAAAAAACUGAAACUGGAGAGUUGGUUAUUGAAGAGGUAAUUAUAGAUGAUGUGAAACCUUUAGAGGAUAUUCCACAGAAAGAAAUUGCGGAAGAAAAAGUUCAAAAGAAACAUGUUAAAGCGAAAAUAGAAAAACCUGAGAUUGUGAUUGAGGAGGAAAUAAUUGAAGAAGUGCCUGUUCAAAAACCAACCGAAGAAAAACCAACUGAAGAAAAAGUAACUGAAGAAAAACCUGUCGAAGAAGUUAAAUUGAUCAAAAAGAAGCGAAAGAAGGUUAUUAGGCCACGCGAAACUGAUACUGGCGAAUUAGUGCUUGAAGAGGAGGUUACUGAGGAAAUCAUUCCGAUCGAAGAACCUGAGAAGAAACCAAAGAAAAAGAAAAUUAUUAAACCAAAAGAAGAAAAACCUGAAGAAAUAAAACCAGAAGAAGUUAAACCUAAAGAAAAGAAAACGAAGCCAGUUAAAAUAGGAAAGCAACUUAUUCAACCUAUGGAAAUCGAAAGAACUGAAGUUAAACCAAAUAAACUGAUUAUUACAGCUCCUAAAGAUGCACCAAUUAAUUUUGCAGAAAUCAAACUUCGUAAACCCAAAGUACCUCAACGCAAGGAAUCUAAAGUAAAACUUCCCAAAUUUUUAUUAAAAAGUAGAAUUACUCCAGUGGAUUUCCCACCUAAAGGACAACAAGAACAAAAACCAAUUGUGACACAGAGAACUCCAGAUCGUAAAGACAACGGUAUUUUAAGUCGCAACGUGGAGGAUGCUGAAAAAGUAUUGAAAACGAAACGAAGAAAAUUGAAAGAUAAAGGAAAAGAAGAAAUCGACUUGGAAAAAUUAGAGUUGUUAGAGGAACCAGAAAAACCAGAAUUAGAAAAAGUUGAUGAAGCGUUUAAAUAUCAAAGGAAGUCGAAGAAACCAAAGGAAGAAGUAGUCGAGGAAAAGAAAAUUCCGAUUGGUAAAGGUAAGGUUCCAAAAGAAGAAGAAAAGCCUGAAGAAGUUAAAUUAAAAGCUAUACCUAAAAAACCGGAAGAAGCUCCCGUAGAGGAAGUUAAAAAACCUAAGAAAGAAAAGAAAGAAGAAAAACCUGUAAAAGAAAAACCUGAGGAAGAACAACCUAAAAUUGAACCAUUCAAACCGUAUGAUAUCGAGAGGGAAUCCCCCGAAAAGGAAGAAUUAGAACUUCCACAACCGGAAAAACCAGAAGAAAUUCCUGAAGAAAAAGAGAAACCUAAGCCUAAAAAAUCACGAAAACCAAAACCAACACCGGAAACUGAAGAAAUUCAGAUUGUAAAAGGUGUACCUAAACCGAAAGAAGAAGAAGAACAACCAGAUAUUAAGUUAAAAUACAAGCAAGGACCAAAACCCGAAGAGGUACCGGAAGAAAUUAAAUUGAAACCAUUCGUUAAACCGAAACCUGAUGAUACCGAAGAAACAAAAACUUUAGAUGUGGGCAAACCAAAAACUAUUCCAAGUGGAGAAGGUGAAGAAAUUGCACCUCCUAAACUAAAGAAAACGAAAACUAAAAAGAUUAAAAAGCCUGAGGAGGAAAUGCCAGCUGAUGUACCAGUUGAAGAAGAAAAAGUAGAAGAAGAGGUGCCAGAAGAAAUACCAGAAGAAAUAAAACCGGAAGAGGAAAUACCUGAAAAACCAAAGAAACCUAAGAAACCAAAACAAGUUAAAGAAAUACCUCAAGAAGAGGAAAAGCCGACAGUUGUCGAGGAAAUACCGGAAGUUCCAGAAGUAUUAGAAGAAAUAAUCGAAGAUAAAGAAGUCAAAAAACGUAAAAAGAUUAUAAAGAAAACAAAAGUAAAAGAAGAGGAAGUACCGACAGAGGAAAUAAUAGAAGAGGUGAAACCAAAAGAAAAGAAAAAGAAACCCGUUAAAGUUGGAAAGGAAUUAAUACAACCGAUGACAAUUGAACAUACGGAAGUAAAGCCACAAAAGCUAAUAGUAACUGCUCCGAAGGAUGCACCUGUUAACUUCGCCGAAAUAAAAUUACGCAAACCUAAAAUACCAGAAAAGAAAGCACCUAAAGCUGGAAAGCUACCCAAAUUUUUAUUAAAAAGCAGAAUCAAACAUGUUCCAUUCCCACCGGCAAAUGAAAUUGAAAGAAUACCGAUUGUUACGCAGAGGAAACCAGAUCUUAAAGAUCAUGGUGAAUUAUCUAGAAAUGUUAAAGAAGCCGAAGAGGUAUUGAAAAAGAAGCGUAGAAAACCAAAGGAUGUUGAUCGAGAACUACAGGACUUAGAAAAAUUAGACUUGGAUUUAGAGGAAAUUAAAAAACCGGAGCUUGAAAAAGUUGAUGAAGCCUUUAAAUAUGAAAGGAAGCCUAAAAAACCAAAGGAAGAGAAGGUGGAAGAAGCACAACCAAUUAAAUUAGGUAAAGGUAAGGUACCCAAGGAAGAAGAACAACCAGAGGAGGUUAAACUGAAAAAGAUUCCUAAAAAGCCUGAAGAAAAACCAGAGGAAAUCGUAGAAAAGCCAAAGAAACCUAAAGAAGAAAAGAAGAAACCUAAAGAAAUCAGCGAAGUUGAACAACCAGAAUUAACUCCAUUUAAACCAUAUGAUAUUGAACGAGAAUCACCUGAAAGAGAAGUAUUUGAAAAACCUGAGUUUGAAAAACCCGAAAAAGAUAUUCCAGAGGAAAAGAAAGAGAAGCCUAAAAAAGGUAAGAAAACAAAACCCACACCAGAAACAGAACAAAUACAACUUCAAAAAGGUACACCCAAACCUAAAGAGGUAGAAGAACAACCAGACAUCACACUCAAAUACAAACAAGGUCCAAAACCGGAAGAAGUUCCGGAAGAAAUCAAAUUAAAACCAUUUACAAAACCUAAACCUGAACAAGAAGACACCACACCUGAAACUACAAUCGGCAAACCCGACACACUACCAACAGACACUACUGAGCUUGAAAAAAUUAAAAUUGUUAAAAUUAAAAAGAAAGUCCGUGGUAAAAAAUCUACUCCUGAAACAGCCGAAGAAGUGGAAGGACAGCCAGACGAAUUCGCCGAGGUUCCAGAGGAAGAAUUACCUGAAGAAACUAUAAUUGAAGAAAUCGUGGAGGUUCCUGAAGAGGAAGAACAUAUUGAAAUAAUACGAAAGAAAUUAAUACGAAAGAAACCAAAGGAACAAAAACCUGUAGAAGAAGAAAAACCUAUAGAAGAACAAAAACCAACUGAAGAAACCCCGAUUGUAGAAGAACCAGAAGAACUUCCAAAAACUGAGGAGGAAACUAUUGUUGAAGUAAAGAAAGUGAAGAAAAUUAUUAAGAAGCAGAAACCCAAAAAGGGUGAAGAAAUUGUUGAUGAACAAAUAGUAAUAGAAGAAAUACCUAUUGAAGAAGAUGAAAAACCAACAGUUCCGGAAGAAAUUCCUAAAGAAGAUGAAGAAACAAUAGUUGAAAUAAAGAAAGUAAAGAAAAUAAUCAAAAAGCAAAAACCUAAAGAAGGUCAAGUUGAAGAGGAAAAGAUUAUAAUCGAAGAAGUACCGUUAGAAGAAAAACCUGAGGAACAAGAAGAAAUCAUCGAGGAAAUUAUCAAACGUAAAAAGAAAGUUAAGAAACCAAAGGAAAUAGAAGAAGAAAAACCAGAAGAAAUAGUUCCAGAAAUAAAAGAAGAAAAACCAAAGAAACCUGUUAAGGUUGGUAAGCAACUUAUUCAACCACAAACUUUAGAACUAAAAGAACAAGCUCCACAAAAACUGAAAAUUAGCGCACCUAAAGAUGAACCUGUUAAUUUUGCUGAAAUAAAAUUAAAGAAACCAAAAGUGCCUCAAAGAAAAGAAUCGAAAGUGAAACUUCCUAAAUUCUUAUUGAAAAGUAGAAUCAAUCAUAUUCCGUUCCCACCACAAAAUGAAUCAGAAAAGAAACCGGUUCUUACAGUAAGAACGCCCGAUUUGAAAGAUAGCGGGGUGUUAUCAAGGAAUGUUAAAGAUGCGGAAGAGGUACUGAAGAAGAAGCGCAGGAAACCAAAGGAAAUUGAUAGGGAUCUUAAGGAACUGGAGAAAAUCGAUACUGAAUACGAUGAGUAUAAGAAACCUGAACUGGAAAAGGUAGAUGAUGCGUUCAAAUACGAAAGAAAACCAAAGAAACCAAAAGAAGAGAAAGUUGAAGAAGUUCAGCCAAUUAAAUUGGGAAAAGGAAAAGUACCUGUAGAAGAAGAAAAACCAGAAGAAGUGAAAUUAAAGAAAAUUCCGGCGAAACCGGAAGAAAUAUUACCCGAAGAAGUAGAAAAACCCAAAAAAGUUAAGGAAGAAGAGAAACCGAAGAAAUCAAAGAAAGAAAGAGAAGCUCCUGAACUAAAACCGUUUGAACCUUACGACAUAGAGCGUGAAUCACCUGAAAAAGAGGUCCUAGAAAUACCUGAAAGGGAAAAACCUGAAAAAGAAAUUCCAGAAAAGAAAGAGGAGAAACCUAAAAAACCGAAGAAAGAAAAGAAAGAACCUGAAGUUGAAGAAAUCACGUUGGUGAAAGGUAAACCGAAACCGAAACCGGAAGAAGAGCAACCUGAAAUUAAAUUAAAAUAUAAACAAGGUCCCAAACCGGAAGAAGUUCCCGAAGAAAUCAAAUUAAAACCGUUUGAUAAAAUGAAAAUUGAAGAAGAAGUGAAAAAAGAUAUUGAGAAACCUGAAGAAGAAAUAAAACCGGAGAAAAAGGUUGAAAGGGAGGAAGAAAUUAUAGAAAAGACAGUUAUUAAACGUAAAAAACCAAAAGCUAAGGAUCAAAAGCCAACUGAAGAAGCGGAAGUACCACAAGCAGAAAUACCAGAAGAAGAAAUACCUGAAGAAAUUCCGGUUGAGAAACCAGUUGAGGAGGCUAAACCAGAAGAAAUUGUAGAAAAGAAAGUAGAAAAGAAAAAGAAACCGAAGCCAAAACCAGAAGAAGUUCAAGAAGAAAAGCCGGUGAUACAAGAAAUCGUACCAGAAGAAAAGAAACCGGAAGAAAAGAUAAUAGAAGAAAUAGAAGUUCAAAAGAAAAUUAUUAAGAAACCGAAACCGAAAAAGAAAGAAGAAGUUCCUGAAGAAAUUCCAGAAAAGGUUCCAGAAAAACCUAAAAAACCAAUAAAGGUCGGAAAAGAAUUAAUUAAACCACAAUCUAUUGAACGAAGCGAACAUAAACCGCAGAAAUUAGUAAUAACUAAGCCGGAAGAUGCACCUGUUAACUUUGCUGAAAUUAAAUUAAAGAAACCAAAAUCCGUUCCGAGAAAAGAAUCUAAAGUAAAACUUCCUAAAUUUUUAUUGAAAAGUCGAAUACAACAUAUUCCCUUCCCACCGGCUAGUGAAUCCGAACAAAAGCCUGUAUUAACCGUUAGAAAGCCAGAUCUUAAAGAUAAUGGUAUUUUAUCUAGAAACGUACAAGAUGCUGAAGAAAUAUUGAAGAAAAAACGAAGAAAACCAAAAGAUAUUGACAGAGACUUACUGGAUUUAGAAAAAGUUGACACUGAUUUGGACGAAUAUAAAAAACCGGAACUCGAAAAGGUCGAUGAGGCGUUCAAAUAUGAAAGAAAACCAAAGAAACCUAAAGAGGAAAAAUUGGAAGAAGCUAAGCCUAUACAAAUUGGAAAAGGUAAAGUACCAAAAGAAGAAGAACAGCCAGAGUCUGUAAAACUAAAGAAAAUACCUGCAAAACCAGAAGAAGCCCCUCAAGAAGAAAAGGAAAAACCAAAGAAACCAAAAACUGAAGAAAAGGUGAAAAAAGAAAAACCAGAAAAAGAACAACCAGAAUUAAAACCUUUUGAACCUUACGACAUCGAAAGGGAAUCGCCCGAAAAGGAAGAAUUUGAAAAACCGGAAUUUGAGAAACCCGAAAAAGAAAAACCUGAGAAGGUAGAAAAGAAACCGAAAAAGGAAAAGAAACCUAAACCCGAACCUGAAACAGUACAAAUUCCUUUGGAGAAAGGAAAACCCAAACCUCAACCGGAGGAGGAGCAACCUGAAAUUACACUUAAGUACAAACAGGGACCUAAACCUGAAGAACAGCCAGAAGAAAUUACCCUUAAACCAUUUAAAAAGCCCGCUGAAAAGCCGGAAGAAGCUGAAAAGGAAUUAGAAGCUCCAAAACCAGAACCUAUUCCAACUGGUGAAGGACCAGAAGAUAAAUUAAUUAUUGAAAGGAAGGUAAUAAAGAAGAAAAAGCCGAAACAAAAAGAUGUGCCGGCCGAAGAAGAGAAACCAGAAGAAAUACCUGAAGAAACACCAGAGGAAAAACCGGUGGAGAAAAAACCUAAGAAACCAAAAGAAGAAAAACCGGUUAAAGUCGGUACGGAAACUAUUAAACCAAUUAAAAUCCAACGACAUGAAGUUAAACCUCAAAAACUCAUCAUUACCAAACCAGAAGAAGUUAAUCUGAGUGAAAUCAAGUUGAAAAAGCCUAAAGUCCCGCAAAAGAAAGAACCAAAGAGUGUCAAAUUACCUAAAUUCCUACUGAAAAGUAGAAUAGUUCACGUUGAUUUCCCACCUCUAUCCGAAUUAGAAAAGAAACCACAAAUCACGCAAUUAGAACCUGUCGUAAAAGAAAACGGUGUUUUAUCAAGAAACGUUCAGGAAGCUGAAGAAGUAUUAAAAACAAAAGCCAGAAAACUGAAGAAAAUCCCCAAAGAAAAAACCGAAUUAGAAAAACUCGAUCUGGACUUUGGAGAUGACGAGAAACCAGUUUUAGAAAAAGUUGAUGAAGAGUACAGGUACAAAAAAGAACCUAAGAAACCCAAAGAAAAACCAGAAGAACCAAAACCAGUUAAGGUCGGAAAAGGUAAAGUGCCUGAAAAAGAAGAAAAAUUGGAAGAACCUGUUAAAUUGAAAAAGGUUCCAGAAAAGAAGGAAGAGAUUCCAGAAGAACCGAAACCUAAACCUAAAAAAGAAGACGAACCGGUUCCUGAAAAGAAGGAAAAAGAGGAAAAAGAAUUCCCAACGGCACCCUCUUUUGAACCAUAUGAUAUUCCCAGAGAAUCCCCUGAAAAGGAGGAACUGGUAAUGCCAGAAUGGCCAAAAGAAGAGAAAGAAAAACCAGUUGAAGAAAAACCAAAGCCGAAAAAGGCUAAGAAACCUAAACCAGAACCGGAAACCAUACAAAUUCCUUUGGAAAAGGGACCUCCGAAACCUAAAGAGGAAGAAGAGCAGCCCGAAAUUACAUUGAAAUAUAAACAAGGGCCUAAACCUGAAGAACAACCCGAAGAAAUAACUUUGAAACCGAUCAAAAAAGAAAAGGAAAAAGUACCUGAAGAAAAACCAGAAGAAAAGCCGGUAGUUGUAGAGGACGAAAAGAAAAAGGAAGUUAUUGAAGAAAUUGAAGAAAAGGUUACAAUUAGAAAGAAAAAACCGAAAGAGAAGCCGGAAGAAAAACCAGUAGAAGAAGCCCCUGAAGAGGAAGUUGUUCUUAAAAAACCAGAAGAAAUCAAAGAGGAAAUCACAGAGCAGGUUAUAAUUACAAAAAAGAAAACAAAGAAACCUAAAGAGGAAGCACCAGCCGAAGAGAUAACAAUUAAAAAACCGGUUGAAGAAGUUGCUCCAGCUGAGGAAAUCGUUAUAAAGAAAAAGAAACCACAGGAACCAAAAGAAGAAGUUGUUGAGGCAGAAAUUGUAAUUAAAAAACCAGAAGAAGAACAGGUUACAGAAACAAUAACUACGGAGGAGAUCAUCAUAAAGAAACACAAGAAGCCAAAAGCACCCGUUGAAGAAGAACAACAAGCAGAAAUUACUCUUAAGAAACCUGAAGAGGAAAAACCGGUUGAAGUAGUUGAAUCGAAAGAAGAAGUAAAAAUUGUUAAAAAGAAACCUAAGAAACCGAAAGAGGAAGAAGCUCCGGCUGAAUUGACUAUUAAGAAAGUGGAACCUGUUGAAGAAGAAAAACCAGAAGAGAAACCAGAAGAGAAAGUACCGGAGGAAGUUGAAAAACCUAAGGAACCUGAAAAGGUUGAAGAAAAAACACCAGAAGUCGUUAUCAAGAAGAAGAAACCAGUGGUGGAGGAAACUGUAGAAGAACAGGUCACAUUAAAGAAAGUUACAGAGGAACAACCGGUUACUGAAGAAGUUGUUUUGAAAAAGAAGAAACCAAAGAAAGUUGUUGAAGAAACGGUAGAAGACGAAAUCACCAUAAAGAAGGUGGUGGUAGAGAAACCGGAAGAAACACCAGAAGAAGUAACUGAAGAAGUUGUAAUUAAAAAGGAAAAACCUAAACCUGUAAUUGAAGAAACUGUUGAAGAAGAAGUUACUAUUAAAAAGACUCCAGAAAAACCAAAGGAGGAAGUUGCAGAAGAAAUUACUUUAAAGAAAAAGAAACCGAAGAAAACGGUACAAGAAACCGUCGAAGAAGAAGUUACCAUAAAGAAAGUUGUGCCAAAAACGCCAGAAAAGGUAGAAGAAGUUGUGGAAGAAGUUGUUUUGAAACCUAAGAAACCAGAAAAAGUUACUGAAGAAACAGUUGAGGAAGAAAUCACAAUUAAAAAAGUUGUUCCAGAAAAACCUAAAGAAGUUGAAGAAGUAACUGAAGAAGUCACUUUAAAGAAGAAACCAAAGAAAGUAACCGAAGAAACGGUUGAAGAAGAAAUAACAAUUAAGAAGGUGGUUCCGGAGAAACCUAAAGAAGUUGAGGAAGUGACUGAAGAAGUCAGCUUAAAGAAAAAGAAACCAAAGAAAGUAACUGAAGAAACUGUUGAAGAAGAAAUUACUAUUAAGAAGGUCGUUCCGGAGAAACCUAAAGAAGUUGAGGAAGUGACUGAAGAAGUCACCUUAAAGAAAAAGAAACCAAAGAAAGUAACCGAAGAAACGGUUGAAGAAGAAAUUACCAUUAAGAAGGUCGUUCCGGAAAAACCUAAAGAAGUUGAGGAAGUGACUGAAGAAGUCACCUUAAAGAAAAAGAAACCAAAGAAAGUAACCGAAGAAACGGUUGAAGAAGAAAUUACCAUUAAGAAGGUCGUUCCGGAGAAACCUAAAGAAGUUGAGGAAGUGACUGAAGAAGUCACCUUAAAGAAAGAGAAACCAAAGAAAGUAACUGAAGAAACUGUUGAAGAAGAAAUUACCAUUAAGAAGAUCGUUCCGGAGAAACCUAAGGAAGUUGAGGAAGUUACUGAAGAAGUCACCUUAAAGAAAAAGAAACCAAAGAAGGUAACCGAAGAAACGGUUGAGGAAGAAAUUACCAUUAAGAAGGUCGUUCCGGAGAAACCUAAAGAAGUUGAGGAAGUGACUGAAGAAGUCACCUUAAAGAAAAAGAAACCAAAGAAAGUAACUGAAGAAACUGUUGAAGAAGAAAUUACAAUUAAAAAAGUUGUUCCUCUGCAACCAGAAGAAGUCGAAGAUGUGACCGAAGAAGUGACCUUAAAGAAAAAGACACCAAAGAAAGUAACGGAAGAAACAGUUGAAGAAGAAAUUACAAUAAAGAAAGUCGUUCCUGUACAACCAGAAGAAGUCGAGGAAGUAACCGAAGCAAUACAAAUUAAGAAGAAGCCGAAGAAGCCAACUGAAGAAACAGCCGAAGAAGAAUUAACAAUCAAAAAGGUAGUUCCUCAAAAACCAGAAGAAGUGGAAGAAGUAACAGAUGAAGUGGUAAUCAAGAAAAAGAAACCAGAAAAACCUAAAGAACAAGAAGUUGAAGAAGAGAUUACAAUUAAGAAACCUAAAAAGGUUGAGGAAACCAGUGAGGAAAUAACUAUUAAAAGAAAGAAAGCUAAAAAGCCUCAAGAAGAGGAAGUAUCAGAAGAAUUUACCAUCAAAAAAGUUAAACCUAUUAAGGUGGAAGAAACUGUGGAAUCUUCAGAAGAUGUUACAAUAAAGAAAAAGACACCGAAGAAACCAACUAAAGAUGAAGCUGCUGAUGAAUUGACGGUGAAGAAGAUGGUAGAAGUUGAUGAAACGGAUGAAGUAACUGUUAGAAGAAAACGACCGGAAGAAGAGGAGGAAGAAGAAGCUGAAGUAGUACUAAAGAAACCACAUGAAGUGGAAGAUGUAGUACACGAAUUUGUAAUCAAAAAGAAACCUCCACCUAAACCACCAACGAUUGAGGAACACGCACAAGAAAUCACGAUCAAAAAAUUGAAGAAGAUGCGUAAAAAGCCUGAAAUUCCUGAAUAUACAGAAGUAGAAAAUGUAACAUUUAGACCAAAAACAACCAGAACCAAAGAGGAUGUUGAACAAGAGUUUAACAUUCAAUUAGAUUCAUAUGCGGAAGAAGAAAUUUCCAUGUCUGGAAAAGUAAAACUUAAGAAACAACGUCCACUCACUUACUCUGAAGAAGCAGGAGCAAAAACUAUUAAAAUCAGAAGAGAAAUUGAGGAAGAAGGUCCUACUCAAGAAGAAAUCAUUGACGAUGGUAGCGACGCUGAAGAACUUCCUUAUGACGAUGAUGGCUUAGAACAAAGUUUCCAUGUACCAUUUAGAAGAAAAUCAAAACCGGAAUACUCCGUGCAUGAUGAAGAUGAAGAAAGUGUUUCUAUUGGUAUUAGAAGACCGCGUCCUAAAGCUGUUGAUUAUGAAGAAGAAUCCUUGUCCAUCAUGCAGAAGAGGAAACCAUCCCAACCAACAUUUGACCAAGAAACAGCUUCAUUAAGUAUAACUAGGGAACAAGAUAUUUCAGAGGAAGAACAAAUUGUAGAGGUUACCGAAGGUGACACUUUAUACUCAAUCUGCUCAUAUGUAGCUGAAGCAGACCAAGCAAUAGAUUUAGUUGAAGGUGAAAAGGUUUAUGUACUCGAUAUGGAUAAUGUUGAUUGGUGGUUUGUGAAGAAGCAUUUAACCGAGGAAAGAGGCUGGGUUCCAGCUCAAUAUCUUAUGGAUGAAGAAAAUUACACUAUUUAUGUUCAAAAGAAAUUACACGAAAAAAUAGACAAAUUACCAGUCUUUGAAAGACCUAAACCAACUGAAAAGCCAGUUGCUCCAAGAUUUAUCGAAAAACUCCAACCACAACACACUCCUGAUGGUUACACAGUUCAAUUCGAGUGCCAAGUUGAAGGAACUCCGCGUCCUCAAAUCACUUGGUUCCGACAAACAGCUAUCAUUAAACCAUCUAAAGAUUUCCAAAUGUUUUACGAUGAAGAUAACGUAGCCACACUUAUCAUUCGAGAGGUAUUCCCAGAAGAUGCAGGAACAUUCACUUGCGUGGCUAAAAACUCGGCAGGUUUUGCAUCUAGCACAACAGAAUUAAUAGUUGAACUACCUCUAUCAGAUCACGGAUCAGACUUUACAGGUCUUUCUCGACGAAGUUUAUCGAGAGAAUCAUCUUUAGCUGACAUCUUAGAAGGUAUUCCACCAACCUUCGCCAAGAAACCCAAAGCUCAGUGCGUCGAUGUAAAAUCAGAUGUAGUGAUUGAAUGCAGACUUGUAGCAGUUCCUGAACCAGAUGUUAUUUGGAAAUUUAACGGAAAGAGAAUUAAAUCUGUAAAGAAUGUCACAAUCGUUACAGAAUCUGAUAUGCACAUGUACACCACAAUACUGAAAAUUAAAGAAAUCGAAAAAACUCAAGAAGGUGUUUAUGAGAUUAUAGCCAGAAAUCGUGAAGGUGAAGCCAAAGUUAAGAUUCCAUUAAAAGUAAGAACAGGAGAAAAUGAGAAACCACAAAUUUUGGAACCUUUACGAAAUACCAAUGUAAGAGAAGGGGAUAGUGUUCUUCUCACCACAACAAUUGUGGGAAAUCCAACACCAACGAUUACAUGGUACAAAGAUGGAAAACCAUUUAAGACUCCAACUCCCAAAAAGGUUGAUAACGAAUACAUUUUACCCAUCGUUGAAACAGUUAAAGGGGACACGGGAGAAUAUACUGUGAAGGCUGAGAACCCAUUGGGAGUAGCUGAAACCACAGCAGUAUUAACCGUUGAAGAAUGCCCCGUACCAAAACCAGAACCGCCAAUCUUCGUCGAAAGAUUCCAAGAGCAAACAGUGCCAGAAAAAGGAACCCUACGUUUAUACGCAAGAGUCAUCGGAAACCCAGUACCAGAAGUUUUCUGGUUACGAAACAACGAGCCGCUUAAAUCAUCACCAAAGAUAAAAAUGUCAUACGACGGCGAAAACAUCGAGCUAACCAUCAAAGAUGCUAACUCCGAAAUCGAUACUGGCGAUUAUAAAUGUGUCGCUACAAAUUCUAUUGGUAAAACAUCUCACGGUGCUAGAAUCACCGUUGAUGUAGAAACGGUGACCUUCACCAAACAGCUAAAGAAGGUUUAUGAAGUUACUGAAAGGGAAACCAUCAAAAUGGAGUGCGAAACCUCGCACACGGUUUCAACUAAAUGGUGGCACAACGAUAAAGAAAUUAGCGGAAUGGAUCAUCGUGUCGUUAUACAAGAAGGUAAAACACACAAAUUAGUAAUUAAGAAUACCACGACGAAAGAUGUGGGUACCUAUAAAUGUACGGUGAAAAAUCAAAAAACCGAAACUACCUUGGAAGUGACCGAAAUGAAACCUGAAUUUAUUCGAAAACUUCAUGAUGUUGAAGUAACCGAAAAAGAAACUGCCUUAUUGGAAGUUGAGAUUACAUCGGACACGGUUGAUGUUGUCUGGAUGAAAGAUGGACAACGCAUACCUGUUGAAGAAGAUAAAGAGAAGUACACCGUUGAAAAACAAGGUGGAAAUCGUAGGUUGUUUGUUAAACAUAUCACAAUUCACGAUGAAGGCGAGUACACUUGUACAUUAGUCGACGAAACCUCAACCUGCGAAGUAACAGUAAUUGAAUUACCACCAGAAAUAAUUAAAAAAUUAGAAGACCAAACAAUUUACAAAGGAGAAAAAGCAGUAUUCGAAAUAGAACUAACCAAAGGAGACGCAUUAGUCUCUUGGUUUAAGGAUAGCCAAGAAAUCCAAUUCUCCGAACACAUCCAACUCUCAAUUGAUGGCAAAUGCCAAAAACUGAAAAUUUAUAAUUGCGAACCCGAAGAUGCAGGUGUUUAUUCAUGCCAAGUAGGCACCCAAGAAUCAACGGCAAACUUAAUUGUUUUCGAACCAACUUUGACAUUCCUCAAGAAACUUCCAGAAUAUACAAGAAUUCCACUGGGCGAAGAUGUCGAGCUUGUUGUAGAACUUUCUAGACCAGACGUAGAAGUCAAAUGGCUGAAAAACGGUGAAAUAAUCAGAAAAACUACCAGCACACGUAUGACCACCUUCGUAGAACAAACCAUCAGAAAACUCAUCAUCACAAAAGUAACCCACGAAGAUGAAACUGAAUACACGUGUGUCGCUGAAGAUAUUCAAACAUCAACCAAAUUAAUAGCCGAAGAAAUACCAUCCCCACCACAAGGACCACUUGAAGUUUCCGGUAUGACGGCCACUUCAUUUACGUUGAAAUGGCAACCAUCUCUAAGUGACGGUGGAAGUCCAAUUAUUGAAUAUAUUGUUGAAAUGAAAGAAAGCACGAAGAAGGAAUACAAGAAAAUUGGUGCUUGUAAGGGGGAUAUCACAUUUAUAUCGGUUAAUUACCUCGAAAAGGACCAUGGAUAUAACUUUAAAAUAGUAGCAAGAAAUUCUGUUGGAGUCAGCAAGCCUUACGAACCAUCAGAUACUAUAAAAGCUGGUUCCAGAAUAACACCUCCUGGUCCACCAGAAAACCUCAAAAUAAAAGAAUUCACCAGCAGAACGUGCACGGUUCAAUGGGAACCACCAUUAGAAACAGGUGGUAGUGAAAUCACCGGCUACGUUAUUGAGAAAAAGCUUGAAUUUAUGCCCAAAUGGGAAAAAGUGGUUACACUCGAAGCUUUUACGCUCGAAUAUACCGCUAUUAAUCUAAAAGAAAAAAGUGAUUAUAUUUUCAGAGUAUGCGCAGAAAAUUCUGUGGGACUCAGCGUACCAGCUACGACUGAUGUUGUUCAUUUAAGAACUCACGCAACGGUCCCAUCACCACCUACAGCACCAUUAGAAAUCAGAACAAUAGGUCCAAAUGCAGUGGUAAUUGAAUGGGGCGCUCCUGAGAGUGAUGGAGGAGCUCCACUUGAAGGCUACAACAUCGCCAUUCGAGAUACCAAGAAGACGAUGUGGAUGGAAAUCGGACGCGUUUCAAAAGGUGUCCAGAAAUUCACGAUUAGAGAUUUACAAGAGGACCAUGACUAUUUGAUUAGGAUCUUCGCGAGGAACGAAAUAGGAUUAAGCGAUCCAUUGGAAUCAGAGGAACCUAUCAAAAUCCUUCCAUCCGGAGAUGUCGAUCAAGAAGACUUUAGAGAAGUUACGGACAGAGAUCGGUCUUACAGUACCGAAACGACGACAUCUUGGAUGCGCGAGGCGAACAUGGACGCAGACAUUUCAUCCUACGCGAAGGGAACAUUAUUGAGAAGAGACGAGUACUUCUUCAAGAUUUGGCAUUAUGCGAAAAAAUUGUUUAAGUAAAAAAAUUUAAACCAACUUCCAUUUUUCAUUCUUCCAUACGUAUUCGUAAGAUGUAAAUAUUGUUAAAACAAAAAAAUAUUUCCGUAAAAUCGACAAUUAAAAAAAAAUGUUUGUAUACUCGCGACGUAAUACAAAUGCAUACUACAUUAAACGAAAGAUGUUCAUAAAAAUGGUGAAACGAACAGCGCGAAACCAUAAAAUAAAUGUAAGUGAAUUUCGGAAUAAAAAAAUUAAAUUUGUGUCGUCUCGCCGAAUUCACUACAGUUUUUUUUUACUUUGCGGAUUGCGAACCAUACGAAGAGAUGUUUCGCGUUAAUGUUUCGCCAUAUAUUUAUUACUAUUGUUAUAAAUAUUAUCAUUACCGAGUACUGUGAUACGGAAUCAAACACGAGAAAAACAAAACUCGUAUUCACUAAAUAACAUAAAAACACAUUACUAUUAUUUUCUUUGUUUAGUUGAUAGUAGUUCUUCUCCUAAUUUGAUAAAGAAGAAAUACAAAAUGAAAUUAUUAUAUUCUACACUAUUCAUUAUUAUAAUAUGUUCGAUAAUAAUAUGCCGCUUGUUACGACGUUUACCUUUCAUUUUAUUUUUUUUUGAAAUACCUUAUAGAGUGAUUUUUGGUGUUUUUGGAAUAGUUUCGUUUAUUCAUUAUGGAGAGAAAUAUAGGUGCAAAUUCGACAAUUGUGAAAUAAGCGAAGCUAUUCUUAAAACUGAUUAUUAUUGCUGUAUUAUUAUUAAGUUUCAAUAAAUAAAAUUAAUAAAAUUAA